CUGUGGAUCAAGCAAAAGGCAGAGACGGAUAGCCAGUAAGCCAGCACUGGAAUUAGCUCCCAUGCCUGUGCUGCUACAAUUCCUGCACAGCCUCCUGACCCGGUACCCCCCCUAACCGGAGCAGCACGCAGUCCCUAGUGUGAGCAUCUAUUUCCUGGCUCUGGCUCCCCUGCAGGAGAAUGAUAAGGGACAGAGAGCUGCUGCAAUCCUGCCUCCUUCUUCCUCCCCAUGCAACUCCCUCCUGCUGACCCCCCUAAAACUUCUGAGUACCCCAAUUUCUUUGGCUCUUCCUACCCCCCCAAUGCCUGGCGAUGGGUAUGAUCCUGGUAUUGAUGACAUGCUGCUGUUUCACUCCCAGCUUUGGCUUUAGCUCCCACUUCGACUCCGGUAAGUCUGUGAUAUAAUGCUCUUACACUUGCUCAUUUUUCCCCGUCUCUUUUCAUCUUUUGGUUUCGUUUGCUUUGGAAUUUAGUUAAGGUGAAGCCAUCCUCCAGUAAUUCUGGAGACAUAUCCCAGAAUCCCCUCCCCCUCUUUCUGCAUAUCCCUCCCCUCUGCGGAUUGAUUGUGAGGUUGGGGAGUGCAGGUUUGGAUGGAGAGAAAGUGCUACCUGCAGGCUGUCUGUGUCCCUCUUGUCCACUGGCUGCCCCCCUCUCUCCCCCUCCUGGUUUAGGGCCAGACGCUGCUUCCUAGUCUGGGAAAGGCUUCCUGUGCUUUGCCAAUUCCAAAGCUGGAUGCUGGAGAUUAAAUGCUGAGCGGGCUCCCAGACUCUGCAAGAUCAGACAAAUGAUACAAGUUAUCAGUCAGAAUCACAGCGGAAUGCAGGAUGAAAGGACCAAAUAGAUCCCAGGUAACGCUGUGCACCCCCCUCCUCAUCCUCCAAUCCUGCAAACGUAUGUAUGGUGCUCGUUUAACCCUGUAACUGCCUCAGGCUCAGGAUGUGAUUUCUCCUAUCGCCUCCCCCACAAAUUAUUAUGGAUCUAUAUUUGUUUGCUGGUAAAUAUAGCGAAGAAAAGGUGGGGGCAGCAGUGGGUUCUGCUGUCUUGGAGCUGUGAUAGGAUAAUGGGAGAUGAUUCACUCUGUAACUGAGCAAAGGCUAAUUAACACAAAGUGGAGAGAAUUGGGGGAGAAUCGGGCAGCUGUGGAAUCUGCUGGCAAUCUUAUUCUGUAUACAAUUCCUAGAUAUUCUGCGCAAUACAUAUAUCAGAUAAUAGAAUAGGGGGGAGGGGAGUAAGGGCUCUUCUCGUAUGAGCUGACAAUCGAGCAGGAUGUAGUAACCAGAGGAAAGCUUGCAAUGUAAAUGGGCAAUAACGAAUGCCAUGGCAGGAUGCAGCCCAGGACUAAUGUCACCUAUGAUGGGCAGCGAGUUCGCCCCCUUGGUAGGUUUGUGUUUUUGAAAGCAUUAGUGACGGAGAUAGUUCUAGCCUUGUACGAAGAAUAAACGCAGUUAUUUUGUUAUUGCUUACAGUGUUUAGAGCAUGAUGGCUAUUGCCGUGCUGUGGCUUCCAAACUGGCAUAAUGGGCACGGAAGGUGGGAUGGCUAGAUGAAAGCUGGAUUUGGCUGCUACAUUAUUCUCAUUAGCUUUUUAUAUUGAGACAUCCAUGAGGGCUAGUCUCUGGCAUGCAGUGGUUUCAUAUUAUGUUUCCCAUCCUGGCUGAGCAACAUAGGAGAUGUAGUACUUUAACAGCUGUGGUUCUCAAGGUUAGUCAGGAGUCUAUGAACCUGUUUCCCCCUCUAGCACACCAAGCUCACGGCAUUAUAUCUGGAAAUACUUCCUUACAUGCGGCCUCCAUCCGCACAGAGUUAUGCGGCCUCCAUCCGCACAGAGUUAUGCGGCCACCAUCGGCACAGAGCUAUGUGGCCACCAUCGGCACAGAGCUAUGUGGCCUCCAUCCGCACAGAGUUAUGCGGCCGCCAUCGGCACAGAGCUAUGUGGCCACCAUCGGCACAGAGCUAUGUGGCCACCAUCGGCACAGAGCUAUGUGGCCACCAUCGGCACAGAGCUAUGCGGCCUCCAUCCGCACAGAGUUAUGCGGCCACCAUCCGCACAGAGCUAUGCGGCCGCCAUCCGCACAGAGUUAUGCGGCCGCCAUCCGCACAGAGUUAUGUGGUCUCCAUCCGCAAAGAGCUAUGUGGCCACCAUCCGCACAGAGCUAUGUGGCCGCCAUCCGCACUGAGCUAUGUGGCCACCAUCCGCACAGAGCUAUGUGGCCGCCAUCCGCACAGAGCUAUGUGGCCGCCAUCCGCACUGAACUAUGUGGUCUCCAUCCGCACAGAGCUAUGUGGCCGCCAGCCGCACAGAGUUAUGUGGCCUCCGGGUUCCUUAGUCUUUUAUCAAACUUUAAUGAAAUGAGGAUAUUCUGAGAUGUGAAGAGGCCGGGAGCUGUAAUCACUGGAGGAUAAAAUAAACGAAAUAUACAAGACAUAAUAUGACAGGAUAUAUGUAGGACAAUGUUUUGAGACAGAACUUUCCUAAUUUGCCGAUUAUAUUAUAAAGCAAUUAUCUCCUUUAAUCUGACAGGUAAAGGACAUCCAAAUGAUUGACUCUGCUGUUUAUUUACUAAGCAAGGAAUUGAGGAGAAAUAAAGAGGGAAACACAAACUUAAAACCAAGAUUGUGAAACUGGAGCUUUUUCAACUUGCGAUUUUAUUUUUCUAAUUUGGCUGUUUUGGCCCCAAACCCUCCCGGCUGAGUAAAUAAACCGGGCAGUCACUGAUAGAAGUCAACAUAGGGAGAGCGUAGAGACAGGCGAUAAUACAGCAGAGCUCUUAGUAGCUCAGUAAUGUGUGAGUUCGUCCUCUAUACACUUUUUCACAAGCACUGCUAAUAUAAAUAUUGCACUAUUUGUUGUUCUUUCGAGGUUAUACAAAUCGAUCAAGAUUUGCACAAACUGACUUCAGAAGUAUAUGUAAUUAUAUACAUUUAUACUGACACUGGGGUGUUGGAUAUAUACACUACAUUUUGUGGGCACAGUUUGUCACUUUGUUUGUUAUAGUCUGUAUUACUUGCUAGGUUCUGGGAAACUUUGCUGAUUUACUGAUUUUUACUGAUUUUUUUCUACUAUUGUAGUGAGCGCCUAUUUCUGUUUUUUUGGUUUUUUUACAUAGAGAGAGGGAGAAACACGAACAAUUAGGAGAUUUAUUAAAAUGAUAUUCAAUGGUGCAAAAAUGUAUAAGGGGAGGCAUCAGUGAUGGUUCUAAUGGUUUCCACGGUGACUGCUCCAAUUUUGGUGACUAAAUCCCCCCAAGUGGUUCUACAAUGUGUUCCGUAAAUGUGCCAGGACUAAGUUGGAUUGUGAUAUCAAUUGCUAAAUCUUUAUAUUUAGUAAAUGGUUUGUAACUUGCGCUGACCUUUUCCUCUGUUUUCAUUUAAAUGUUUCUUUCAAAGGUGGAAUAUUUAGAGAAGUGAUAGACCCCCUAUAUACAUAGAAGGGUACCAAAACCUGGAGGGAACCCUGUUUGUAAGCCUGAUUUCUCUAAAUCUGUGGGAACUUUACAGUUUCAUACAAUGUUUGACUUCGUGCCACACACUGGCACUUCUUGGUGAGAAAGGUCAAGAAACCUGUGGUUGUCGGACUUCUCCGGAUAAACAUCCGCCCUGGAAGUGUCUAUUUAUAGGAGCCUGUGAUGGAGGAAAUGGCUGGGUAAGGGGACACUUCCUAAACACGGACACGCUAAGCAUGUAUGAGUUAGCUAAGCUGUGAGUCUCAGGGUUAGUCGUCAAGAGGUCGGUGUUUGUGUGUAUCAAUACACCGGAAUAUGUAGAAUCGUUUAGAAAAAUUACUUAGAACAAGACAUGCAGGAACUGGGCUAUAACUCAAACAAAAGGCUGUGCAGGCUGGAACCGCAGUUUGUUUUGGUGAUUUUAGUAAUAUGUAUGUAAAUAAAGGAGAUAUUGUUUUCAGACCAGAAUUGUAACGCUCCCAGCCACCACAAUUUUAGACACGAAAAGACGAUAGAUCUUGCUAUGUUUAAUGAUCCAGAAAUCAAUUAAAACACACAGUGAGAAUUCAAAGUGUAUUUCAAAUUUAAGGUCGAAACAGCCGAACUAGAAACGAUCUCGAAGUCAGCAGUGCUUUAAGUUCAGUUACACUGACCUAAAAUAAAGUAAGACCAGCUGUAAGUGAUGGGAGUUACAGGCCACCAAUCUCAGGAAAGGCAGGUAACUCUUGCAAAUAUUUGACCGUUUCCUCCCCAAAACUGUAACUCCCAACAUGACCAGCCAUUGAAGAUCUGGCAAGUGUGUAUUGGGAGUUUUAGAUCCAGAAGAGCUGUCUCAGGAAUUAAUCUGGUCACUUAGUUAAUCAACUGUGUCUACCAGCACUCAGAACCUCACAAAAAGGCACUCGGUUAUUUUUUGUUUUUCCUUUCUUGAAAAGAUGGAAAUAGAGAGACACCCUUAAUAAAACUUAGAACAGACUUUAUCCACACUUGAGUUGAUAAAAUAAAAUAAAACGAGAGAUAACUUAUCUCAGACAAGACACUAUAUAUCUAUCCCUACUUGUUAAAGAUGACGAAGGGCAGACAUUCCAAAAAUAAAUUAAAACUCAAAAUGAAAUCUUUAUAUAUUGUGUUCUUUCAGCGCCCAUUGUAUUCCUAUACAUAGCCAGUUAUAUCUAUAGGCUUAGUAUGAAAUUUACAUUGGAUGAGAAAAGGAUACACAGUGUCCUCACUGAAACUAUUAGCAAUAUUCACUUACAAUGUAUCACAAAUACGCCUAAGAGCUUGUCAUAGCUGUGGCACUCUCCAAACUCUACCAAAACCGUUCACUAAUUAGCCAAGAGCGCACCUCGAGCCUGGGAGUAACUCAAAGUCCUAAAGUCACCCAACUAACUAGUUCUUUAGAAUGCCCAUACCUACCUGAAGGUAUUAAACUAUAAGUGCAUAUUAUGCCCCAGCGUGAUAACCCUAAAGUUAACAAACAUACAAACAGGGAUUACAGGAAUUGUAGUUCAUUAGCUGGUAGCUUCCCUUCCCCUGGCUUAGAGAAACCAGUUACAGGCUCAUAGCUUUAAACCUUUUUUUAAAGGGACAAAAAUUAUGUACAUUAGGUUGGUAAAAUUAGCACAUUAACCCAUUCGUCACCUGUAAAAUUAGCCUAUUUACCCAUUCAUUACCUGUAAAAUUAGCACAUUAACCCAUUCGUCACCUGUAAAAUUAGCACAUUAACCCAUUCGUCACCUGUAAAAUCAGCCCAUUAACAUAUUCAUCACCUAUAAAAUUAGCGCAUUAACCCAUUCAUCACUUGUAAAAUUAACCCAUUCGUCACCUGUAAAAUUAGUGCAGUUAACUAUUCGUCACCUGUAAAAUUAGCGCAUUAACCCAUUUGUCACCUGUAAAAUUAGCCCAUUAACAAAUUCUUCAGAAAAAAAUAAAUUAAAAAAUACAACUCUUCCCGGUGUUUAAAGAUGUUUCAAGUGGAUUGUGCAGGCAGUGCCACUACUAUAAACGAUUUAUUGUGAGAAUUUCCUUUGGGUCUGAACAAUAGGAUGUGCUUGUUCCAACCACAGCAGACCCUCUGAGGCAGCAUGGGGGGCCAAUAAUGGGUUAAACACCAUUCCUUAAUGCUGUACAGCUGCAUCCAUUCACUCCGAAGUUUUCCUUUCUCUGUGUCGGGAACACGUUGGUAGAUUUACACGCCGCACACAGACACAGAAGAUAUCGCACUGACAGGUGUUGUAAUUUCACUGCCCCCAAAAUAUCAAAACAAUUUGGUAUCAGAAGCCUAAACAGCCAGAAAUAUUUAGAUUGCAAGCUUGCGGGCAGGGCUCUCAAAACCAAUUUUCUGGGUUUGUUUCAGUCUGUCAUAGAAGGUUUUACUCUGCGCGUCUAACGCUGUAGAAUUUGUUGGGGCUAAAUAAUUCAAUGGUUAUAGCAACUGGGUUUCCAUGCUGUUCACCAAAUUAUAUAAAAUACACAAAAAGUGAGCAGGGAGCAAACAUAAAAUAUACAACUUUAAUGAGAAGUAAAUGGGGAUUUGGACACCCCAAUAUGGUCCUACUGAAACUUGCAAUAGUGGUUACAGUGUCAGGCUUCCCCUGGUGCAGUCCCACUGUUAAGACUUAAACCAUUUUCCAGUGAUUUAAAACUUACUGUGGAGCACAGUGACACCCGGGAGCCCACAAUCUGAGAGCCCCUCACAGAGUCCCUUUUUCAUUAGAAAUACAAAUUUUGUCAAACUGCACAGAAUUCACUGACUGUGGAGUGACUUCUAAUGCUCUCAGUCAAUGAAUAUUAUUCAAAGACAGAAUUCAUAUAUCCAACAUGGGAAGGAAACUUUCAAUUGAAAUUUCUGUGAAAACAGUUGGACAACAUUAUUCCAGUAGAAUGUCACGUAGCCACUGCAAUGAGCUGUAGUGCUUGUGGUGAUUAAAGGCAUCUUUACUACAGGCACCCAGACCACUUCAGCUCAUUGAAGUGUUCUGGAUGCGCUGUCUCGGUUCCCAUAACCCUGAGCAUGUAGUUAUUACAGCUAUUAAUAAAUUGCAAUAAUUACCUUUGAGGGUUAACUCCACCUUUAGUGGCUGUCUUUCUGACAGCCUCUUGAGGGACUUCCUGGUCGUUAGACAACUUUUGGUCGUGUGACACUGGACGGGCUCACGCUAUGCAUGAGGACUUCCAAUGUCACCCCAAACCACAUAGGAAAGCAUUAUACAAUUCUUUGCUAUGGGGGAAGUCCUAACAUUAGGUCUAUCCUGCCGGCUGAUGUCAGAACAUCUGCGCUGGAAUCAGGUAAGAGACAGAAGGGGUUUUUAACCCCCUUCUGCACCACGGAAGUGGGGGGGGGGGCGCAAUGGAGGGGCACUAUAGGGAGCUAUAGUGCCAGGAAACCAACUUCCCUUAAAGCUCACCACUACAUCACUCCAAUUCAGCCACACUGUCUGAAGCUCACCACGAACAUCAUCUAAAUAUGAUCAUACUAUGCUAAUGGAUUAACCCAUGCAGCAUGGCCAAUUCAAUAAUUUGAAGUAAUUCACUAUGGAAACAUGCACAUAUGGGUAAUAACCCCUGGAGAGCAUCACUGGGCAUCAUUAACAAGCCCGGAACUAGCGUUCAGGGCUGGCUAAUAUCAGGAUCAGUUCAAGGCUGGCUAAUAUCAAGAUCAGUUCAGGGCUGACUAAUAUCAGGAUCAGUUCAGGGCUGACUAAUAUCAGGAUCGGUUCAGGGCUGACUAAUAUCAGGAUCGGUUCAGGGCUGACUAAUAUCAGGAUCGGUUCAGGGCUGACUAAUAUCAAGAUCAGUUCAGGGCUGACUAAUAUCAGGAUCAGUUCAGGGCUGACUAAUAUCAGGAUCAGUUCAUUGCUGACUAAUAUCAGGAUCGGUUCAGGGCUGACUAAUAUCAGGAUCGGUUCAGGGCUGACUAAUAUCAGGAUCGGUUCAGGGCUGACUAAUAUCAGGAUCGGUUCAGGGCUGACUAAUAUUAGGAUCGGUUCAGGGCUGGCUAAUAUCAGGAUCAGUUCAGGGCUGGCUAAUAUCAGGAUCAGUUCAGGGCUGGCUAAUAUCAGGAUCAGUUCAGGGCUGGCUAAUAUCAGGAUCAGUUCCUCAAUGGUUCCCCAGUCCCUCUCCUCAAUGACUUCCCAGCCCCUCUCCUUAAUGGCUUCCAGUCCCUCUUCCCGAUGGCUCCCCAGCCUUAGUCCCCAUUGUCUCCCAAAGGGCUGGUGGGGGUUUGUUCCACCGAAAGGGAUCCCCAGCUUAAAUCUAGGCUUGUGGACACAGGAAAUUUUCUUAAAAUCUACUUAGUAUGGUUUUUCUCAAGGAAUCCUUCCUGUGUGUCUACCUCAUCUGCUGAAACACAAGCAUUGUAAAAUAUACAGCAUUCUGUCAGAUUUUGAUCUCUGUGUAAUGGGGGGUUCAGUCGUCCUCCAUGCAGAUCUGGGAGAUUUAAAGGAAUAGUUGAGUUAUCGCACAGAGAAAGCUUCCGGGCAGUGAAAGAGUUACAAUCAUGCUUUGCACACAAACACUGUGUACCUGCACAUCACAGCUUGCAUGAAAUCACGGAAUUUAAUCUCACGAUGGCUCAACUUCAUCUAAUCUCAGUCCAUUUGGGGGUCGGAAACGUUCACUACAAAAGGUGGUCGGCCCGUAAAACCCUGCAAAAGAAAAAUUACUCUGACACAGGUUGUCCCCGUCUCCCCCUUUGGGCAUAAUGUCACCCUAAGACAGAAAACACCGCAAGAGAACGUCACACUCCGUAAAACAAUAGUUCUAAUCACAGUAACCGAGGGUUCAGAUGGCGCAGAUAGAAUAAAACAAAAUCGCCCAUGGAGUGCAAGGCUAACAAGCAAUGCAUCUGUGAAGGUCACGCAAAGGCAACGUUUGCAUCUAUUAUAAUGCAGACAAAAUCUCUGCACCAAAAAAACAGGAAACUGGUAGUUAAAUCUUUUGAGCUCCAGAGAAACUGUUUGCAGUUCAGUAACGUGAGUUUACAAGGUCUACAAAAAUUAAUGGGUGGAAAAAUCCCUAAACCGAGAUCUAAACACCUUCCAAACACCCCAGUAAUGUAGGCAGCCAUGCUGAAAGGAUCACUGAUCGUAGAAGACCAUGUGUUACAGUUUAUUGCUGAUAUGCAGUGUCCAAAGAGAAUUGAUAUUGCUCAUUAAUAAAUAGGAGCAUGAAAGGGUAAGACAAAAGGAUAAAAAAAAAAAAAAAAAGGAUCAGCGCUAACACACCAAACUAAAACGAUAUAUAAAAAUUAGAGUAGGCAACGCACCUUAAAACAUAAAGCUCUCUUAAGGCCAGGGAAAUAAUCUAAUUACAGAACAAUUGCCAACUCAAUAGCUCCUGUUUUAUAGAAUGAUUGGGAAGGGAAGCCAGAGGCUACAGAGCAACAAUGGGGUGAAAUAGAUCUGGUUAAUGAAUACAGAUAUACUAAUAAGCAGUAGGAUAAACAAAAAGUGCAAACCUCCAGCAUACACACUUUGGGGUCCCUUUAAAAGAAGAGACUAAAGCAUGCUGUGUAUUUUUAAUAAGAUUUAAAAGCUUUGCUCGGUGGAACGGUAAUGGAAGGGGAGGUGUGUCUAUAUUCUCCUUAUGAGAAGUCCAGAAGCCCAGGAGAACAGGUUCAUGCAUUAGCUGGAAGGUCUGCAAUUUCGGGAAAGUGUCAGUAUUGGAUCACAAGUGUGUUUGCUAAACACGAAGUAUAGAGAACUUCAGGGAAUGAGUUUCCAUUCUCACUGGGGUUUGAUGCAGAGUUUAGCCUUCAGCAAUACGGUUUAACUAGUGGGGAGCAAGACAUCCGGAGUAUUAUAUUAUAAGAAAGGCUGGGAGGUCGACGAUGACAUUUAAGAUGUAAUAAAACAAACCUGGUACACCCAGACUCCAUUGGGUGUUUAAUGAAAACGAAAGCGCUCAUGGAAAUGAAUAAAAAUAGAUUGAGAGAGCUUUAUAGGCAGAUUAGAUAAAGUCUAUGUAGCGGACCACGGGUAACCCGACUGGUUACCUCCGAUAAUUCCUUGUCUCAGCCAAUCUGGAACCAUUAAAGCAUACAGAACUAUGUUUCGUUCCCCAGUAACCGAACGAAACAUAGUUCUGGAAGUCAACUGAUUUAUUUCAGGCCACACACAGCUUUUGUGCACAGACCCCUACAUGGGGUCGCCAACACAAUAACACAGGGUUUUAAUUCCCAGCAUCCUUUGUGCCUAAUUUAAUUAUCUCUCAGGUACAUAAAAAUCCUAUGCAAAAUAUAAAUUACCCCAAAAGUACCCCCACCAUAACUAGGAACCACACAAGUUAUAUCCCUGGAUAGCCCUGAUCUGAGUGUAUAACAUAUCCAAAUAUCACUCAGAUCGGUUUGGUGAAACUGGAAUGCCACCGGAGUAAAGUUUUGACCGGCCGGACAUGAGGUGCUAGCCCAAAACAGUUCCAGGGAAAUAGGUGUCCCGGACGAUCUCUGUUCAGGGGUUCCUGUGCGAAAACCAUGCAAGGGAUUCUCUUAAUUUCAGGGUAUAAAUGCUCCCCCAGUUUGGUAGUUCCCAUCUCCUAAACAUUGUUCGCAUAGUUGGUCGGGAAGUAGAAUGGGCAGUAGUCUAAUCUUUACCGGUGUUCGUGCGAGUGCCUAGCCAAAAAGAGUUCCAGACACUCGACGAUCAAGUGCCUCUGCCCACGUUCGGGAGACAAAAUGGCUGCCACUCUUUUGUCGACCACAUGCAUUCGUUUAUACGAAAUGGCGGCCACCCAGGGAAAGCAUUCAUUAAUUACUUACCUUGCGGUUUCACACUUAAGUUACUAGGUGAGAACAUUCUAAUGUGGUACCAGGGUGGUCUUCAUUAGGGAUCUGAAUGCAGAGUGUUCGUAUACUAUAACUCCCAAAUGCAAAAAAUAUAAAACACACAAAUCAAUAUGAAUUUGACGGUGGAUUCCGCCACAGUUUAAUUAUUGGUUACAAAGCCACGUUACAUUCACACUGCCUGUAUAUAAGAGAUGAUGACUAAACUUUAGAUUAGGUGUGCAAUAAUGGAAGUUAAUUGGACAAUGAUACUGCUUAAAACAGUUAAUUUGCAAACGAGAUAAGAAUCUCUUAUAAGAAGACAGACUGAGGCUAUCUCAGGUCACGGAUCACAUUCAGUAUCAUGUGUUAUGUGGUAAAAAACAAUGUAGCCAUUCUAUAACCUUAGAGAUUCUCCGCAAAUGUUGGAAGAAACGGAACAGGAGUCCAAUACACAGAAAUACAAUUUGUAGAGUAGAACGAAUUUAAAUGCAUAAGAUCUGUUUUCAUAUUUAAUGACCCCUUGCUCUAGAGGAACUGCAGCAUAGUGAUGCACUUAAAUAGUGAAUUAAUAAUAAAACAAACAAAAAUCCCACGCCCACAACAAUCCCAUUCCAGUUAUUAUCCAGAGCUUGUGUACGUUAUGCAGGCUGUCCACUGUACCAGAUUAAGUUUUGGCAGACUUCUCUUGAUGUUCUCCAUAAAUUAUGCAAGACAUACAGGUGUUCUGGAGCUAAACACAGGACUCGCCACUCACAGUUAGACCCAGGCUGGUGUGAUGAUCAAAGUUCCUGUUAAUCCGACAGAUCCCCUGAAGAGCCGGUUUUGGACUUUGCAGAAAGAAUUCUUUGUCAAAUUAAGUUUUUGCAGAUUUCAGCUUUCACAAUGCAAUCAGCACAUCUUCCUUCAAGGCAAAUCUAGGACAUCUCUGUCUGAAAGGUCCCAUGAAGGGCUUUUACAUACUCCAGCUGCUUAGCUUUUACUGCAUCUCCACUUUUUGGAUAAAAUGGAUUUCGACUUGUUUGGACACCAGUCUCAAAUCAUCUACAAGCCCAUUGUAUCAAGGUCUUCUAUAACCUGCUUUUUCCAGCUGGUACGUCUGAACAUGAUUUCCAUUCUGGGUUAAAUAAUGUGUGAAACUCGUUAAAACUCACUCCAUUCACGAGGGUUAGCCAGCAGAGAGAGAUAAAGUCAAUUCAGAACUACAAACCCCAUGAUGCUCUGUCAGGUCACAUUACUAUGUGAGACUUAAUUUAGCUCUGGCCCUCCAGAUGUUGCUUAACUACAAUUCUCAUUCUGUGAAUUAAAUAGAUAGCCAGAGAAUCAUGGGAAUUGUAGUUAAGCAAUAUCUGGAGGGCCAGAGCUUUGAGAACCCUGUUCUAGAGCAUGGUUCAUAGAUCAAUUCUCAGGUUUUAUCAGUAUACCUAAAGGAACAGAAAAUUAAAUGCCAACAUCAUGAUCUGUGGAUAUGAACUCUCCCAAUUAAGAUACACCUGCUGGUAGAUUUUUUUUUUCUUUUUCUUUAUUUUAAUUCCAGUUACCUAUUUAGGGGUUACCCCCCAUUUUUUUGCUACUACCAUCAGUGUGUUUCUUCAUUACCCCAUAGGCUCUACGUUUACUGGAUUUAUCAGUUACGGCAAGCUUGGGAUUACAAAACAAAUACAAGUUUUCACUGGGUGUGAACUGAUAGGGAUACAAAGAAUUUCAAAUUAGCCAAACGAAUGCAGUGGAUGUGGGGAAUUUUUACAACUCAGCUAAUUUAGCCUCAAAUGUGAAAUUGGCAUAAAUAAGCUGUGCUUCUGCCUCCUACACUAACCCAAGCCAUUAGUUUAUCAGAGAUCCAUAAAUGUAUAUACACAGGAAAACAAAAAAUGGGUUAAUGUUGUAGAUCAUAGCAUAAUAGUAAUAAUUUGGGAUCUGUGUCUCCAGUCUCUGCUUUCAAAUGUUAUUAAUAUUUCACGGAAUGACUGUAAGGCUGUUCCAACAAGUUCCCCACACCUCUGCCCUAAAACCCUUUAUAACCCUCGGAAUUAUUCUGCUAAAGGUGCACUUUUCCCAGGGUCCUAUUUGAGAUAUGCAAAUAAUGCACAACAGUAAUUUGCAUAAAUCUGCUGGGACCUUUAGUGUGUUUGGUCUCACCACAAGCUAUUUAGGACAGACUGUGUAGGCUGCUCUGUCCAUGGUGCUGAGCUCACACAGCCUGCAAUCCUCUGACAGAAUGAAAUCGUCUUAGCUUUCCAGUUGGCAAAGAGCGGUUCUUGCAGAUUUAAUUUUGGGAGGUUGGAACCACUGCAUGUGUUUCUCUGUACAAUGCUGUACCAACUGCUAGUGGGAGAUUCUUACUGAAAUUAAUCCUCCGCGGUUUGCAUGCUGCAAUGCGUUAAUAGGAUUAGGGAUAAGUUGUUGCUGGGGUAUGUAAUACUUUGAUUUUACAUGCUACCCGCUUGCUCCAAAUUGGUUAUUUGGGGAGCCGGUCUUUAACUCUUAGAGGGAUAAAAGCACACCAAGCAAUUCAUACAAAUACUGGUUUGAGAGUGCAGGGGGAGAUUGCAAGGCCCAUGAUCUGACAGUGAUUUGUAGGACAGUUCCAGUUUGAUAAAUGUGCUCAUUAAUUACAAGCGUCACUGGUUCAAUGAAUUUAACUCCUUCAUGACUCAUGUAGUUACGUUACUGGCAAUUAAAUGGUUAGAAGAAAAAUGAAAAAAAUAAAUACAGUUUUGUAGGACUGCCUCUGUAACUUCUGGUGUACUUCACCACCAAGGGUUAACUCCUUAACCCGUCAAGGGUUAAAUGGGAGGAUAUCUUCCGAGUUCAAUACCAGCACUGAAAGGGAGAGGUCAUGACCCCUGCAGUAAGAUGAGACCCCUGCAGUAAGAGGAGACCCCUGCAGUAAGACGCACAGGUCAGCCACACCAUCAUUACGUACAGGUCAUGAAUGUUAAGGAAAAGCGCUAUAGCAGAUUGGGUGAGUGGGGUGAUGAGACCUGGCAACAUGGACCAUCAGGUUUUUUUCAAAUGAUACAAAUAUUUCCAACAAAAUUGAAAUUUCUUUUGCAUUAAUAUAAAGAGUUAAAAGAGAACCCUGGCAUUGGUUGGGUAUGUGGAGUUUAUAAUCAAAUAUCAGGAAAGUUUAUUUUUAUAUUUAGAGAGCAAAAACUGAAAAGGCGAAAAAGUGCAUCCACUAAACGACAAUUUGUAGCCAAUUCAGACUAAACCGUAAAACGAAUGUAAAGUGGAGACAGGUUUCUAAAUCCGCUCCUUUCUGCCUUAUUAUUUCAAUAAUACUGUAUUUCUAAAGUUGGUGUUGGUACUGGUUAACCCAUUGCCCAGGUUAUUCUGUAUAGUCAGUAAGGGGGCUGCGGACACUCUAGUUAAUACUAGCCCAUCACUUGUUGUACAGUGGUGAAGGGGUUAGGAGGAAACCCAUGGCUAAACGACACCCACAAUCUCCAGCUGAUUGGGAAAUCUAUUAACAGCUAAAUCAGAAGCUUGGGGUUACGUUUUACCAUGGUAGCGGUGUUCUGGACAGUCUUUCCCAUUAAGCUCAGCCGGUUAUCAGCCGAACAUCAUGGGAAUUGGGAAAAAUAGCACAAAAUGAAGGGCUAUCGCCAGCCAUGAAAAGCUCGAAAAUCCAAUACACUAACGAUUUCCUGCUUGGAGUCAGACUGUGUAUAGAUCACAAAUGCAAUUUAUUGUGUCUGUCCUGAGAUGUAAUAGAUUGAAAGGUGUACGAGGCUCCAUCCAGCUCCCAGCUAGUCAGACUAGAUACAUGGGUAACAAGUAAAUUACGGAGGGAAUGGCACUCACAGACCUAACUUUGUGGAGCUGCUGAGGGGAGGACAGCCGUCCGUUACUAUAAGAAGACAGAUUGUGUUCCUGAUGUUUGAUGCGUCUGUGCUCCGGAGCUCUCGAAGUGACUGGGCCAGGUUAGAGCCAAACUUACAUUGAGAAAGUGCCCUUACACUCAGAGAGAGUUGGCCUAGAGAUUUUGAUCAUUCUUCAUUCCCUAUUCCCAUUUCUAGAGGUUAUCAAUGCAUCCUUUCAUCCCCUGCCUUGUUCUAAUUACACAGCUUGUUCCUGGUAGUGUAAUGGCAAUGUCACACACAGCACAGCUGAACAUCUCCCCCCCCCCCAUCACAGCCCUCUGCCUUCCUCUACUACCUCAUGCAUGAAGGCGUCAGAAAACCAUCAAAGAUGCUCAGAUUUAUAAAAACCUGCAACUCACUCACAGGUCCUCUGUCAACAAACAGAGCUAAGCACAUCUUUUACUCCAAAGUAAUUUACUGGUACGGGUUUAUACAGCGACCACUUAGCACUAAGUAUCCUGAACGCAUUGUAUGUAGUUUGUGUUUCAUCGUGUUUUUUCCAGACAUACUAUUGUUCUGUACCGUUUGAUGUUUAAAUGUUUGCCCCCUAUGUGACUGUGGCUAGAUAAUUACAUACACAAAUUGUGAUUUGCUUUAACCACAGCCAGGUAAGCGCCGACAAAUCUAGCUAGCUAUUUCUAGACAUGGGCUCCUUGUAGAUCAGGCUCCCCCAAACUCUGGCCCUCUAGAUGUUGCUGAACUACAACCCCCAUGAUUCUAUGAAUGAAAUAGAUAGGCUGAGAAUCAUGGGAGUUGUAGUUCAGCAACAUCUGGAGGGCCGGAGUUUGGGGAAGCCUGUUGUAGAUGAACAGCCAUGAGCUGGAGUGGACCAACUGGAUGAAGAUGGCGGCAGACGCAAGGGACCCUAGACCCUCCCAGACCAUGACUACAACACCCACAAUUCCCUGAGUGCCAUUGGCUGCAGAGGAGUAUGGGGGUGAUAGCGAUGUUGGGGCCUGGGUUUGACACCUCUGUAUUAGACUAUAAGCUCUUUCAAUCAGACAUUGCUCUGCCAGUAUGUCUUAAACAGAAACUUGACGCCAGAUACCAACGCCUGCAAGUUGUACAUUGCAAGUAAAGUAACGCCAACACGCAGUAAAUCAGUCAGGCUUGUAAUGAUUAGACUAGAAUAAUUCAAAGAUGGACGGUGGGUUUAUUAGAAAGAUUGCUUCCACCGUUUACCAUUUUACAUGCAGUGAGGCACAAUCUGAUCACAAAUACGGAGAACCCAUAGGAACCCAGAGCUCACAGCAGACCUGCAGCUCAGGACGUAGGCGUCCCCCAAUUCUGAGUCUAAGGGAACAAUGACAGGAUCUAAAUCGCUGCUUCGCCUUGAGGACUGGGCUGGGAACCAAUGCCCUGAUAAUGGGGAAAGCUGAGGAGGUCGAUAGUAGAGGACAGUGCUGAUUUAUUGGAUUGUAUUUAGUUGUUACAUACAAUUACACAAUCUCCUGUGGUUUAUGUCCCAUGGGGGAGCUUUUCUUUAAAGAGUCCCUUCCUCUUGCAUUGAUACAGCCAGAGGAGAGAUCACAGCUUGUCCUCCCGCGGCCCAGUGAUCACAGACGGAGAGGAGAAAUGCAGUGAUGUAGAGAGGAUCGGCGGCUGUGGAAUAAGCCAGCUGUGUUCGCAUAAUAGAUCUUGUUAAAAUGUUACAUUUCCUCUACUAGAAACGCCAGCUCAGGAAAACUGCAAUAAUCGCUCAAGAUACCCAUAAUAUCAAAGCGAACCAGUUUGGAUACAAUAUAGUCACCAAACCAUCGACGGUGUGAGAACAGCCGAGCUGUGGCUUAGCAAAGUGGGUGAUUUUUUAGCAGUUUUUGUCGAUAUUUUGUAAAUAGGUGCUCAGUCCAGUGCCAUUCUGGUUAGUGAAUAAGCCUCUUUGUAGUGAUUUCAGAAUGUAGAAACGUUGAGUUCAUUUUAGCUGUGAUUCUUCGGUUUCAAUAAGUAUCAGGGUUAUUUCAGCAACAGCACAGAACAGCCCUUAUUAAUACUGCCUGAGGAGAAAAAUAAAACAAGUGCAAAUUGCAGUUUUAAGAAACAUGCCAAGCACCAGAACCACUGCAGUGUGCUGUAGUGGUUAUGGUGCCUGGAUUGCUCUUGCACCCCACAUUGUAAGAAGUCAAACCGUUUUUGAAUGGAAUUCUUGUGGUUCACUGGGGGCCACUCCCCGCCUGCGCUACAGUUUUCCGAGAGCUGAAAGUAAUCUGUUGGAGUUAGGCCUGGUUGUGCACGGCUUGGCUCACUGUGACCGGGAUCGCUGACGCGCUGAGCCAAUGAGCUGGUACUGGCACUGCAGAGCUGAGUUCAGGAGAGCUUCUGGCUCUCGGGAGAUUUUAAUGGAGGCGGAGAGUGACAACCUUCCAAUGCGGUCUCCCAUCCGUUGCGCUCCUUCCUCCUGAACACCUCUCUGCCCUGGUAUGUCCAGAUCACUGCAUUCCCUCACUCACUCCGUGGAUUUGUCCCUUAUCCUUUUAGGCUGUAAGCUUGUUUGGGCAGGGCCCUCUUCACUUACUGUUCCUGUAGGUCAAACAGAUUUUGUUAGAAUUGCGUGUCUUGUUUUACAAAUUGUACAGCCCUGCUGAAUACAGUGAGAAGUAAAGAAAAAUGGCUCCAUGUGCCCUCUUGUGGUAUAUUGAUAUAAGUGCAAUUGGGCAGCUCACAAUUCAGCUUACUGAUCCCCCCAACCCUCUAAUAAAAUAAAGGGAUGCUAAUAAGCAUGACGAAGACCCAAUGUAAUGUAUGCAGAGGACAAGUUCACUAUCAGCAUGUUUUACAAUAAUACACAAUAAAAAACAAACAUUCUUUUUUUAACACUUACAUUCACAGUUUCUCUUUGCAGCUAAUUCCCUCACUCUUCCGCAGCAAUUCAAUUCAGCAGGUUUCCAAUAGAGGCUCCCCUCACUCUUCCGCAGCAAUUAAAUUCAGCAGGUUUCCAAUAUAGGCUCUCCGGCUAUUUAGUUCUACUGAGGGGCUUAUUCGAUAAGCAGUGAGUAGUAGCAAACAAAUAAAAAGGCCAAAAUAGUUAAUCUGGCAAAAUAAAAUCUCUAUUUUGGCUGAAGUCAUACAGCGUUAUUUACCAAAGUGUGAACUGUCAGGAAUUUAACCCCUUAAGGACUUCUGGAAAAAAAGGGAAUCAUGACAUGUCACUCAUGUCAUGUGUCCUUAAGGGGUUAAAGAGAAUGGCAAAUUUUGAAGAAGAAAAAAAGCCUGUAAAACAGAGACUUUUCCCAAAUCAGCCAUAUUGGCCAGAAAUAAUGAAUUAUAAGAACUCUGCUUUAAUAGCCUCCUAUUAAUCAACACAAAUGGCUGUUAAAGUACUGACUCACCCUUUACAGAUCACAUACAACACGUACAGUUAAUUUCCAUUGGGGCUUUACAUUAGUAAGGGGAAACGCUGGCCUAAUAUCCCUGCUAACAACUACCAAAGCAAUCUGCCCCAAAGUACAUCCCCUAUAUCCACACACACCAAGCAAUACCUAAAGUGCCCCACAUGUUGGACUACAACUCUCAAAAUUCCUUAAACGCAACAGGGAAUUUUGUGAGUUUAUUCAGUGGAUCUUUAGUGGUCUGGCUGUUGUCUAACUCCCCCAGCUUUAUCAUACAAUGUUCUUUCUCUGAAAAUAAGGAAGUCCUUUCUCCAUUCCCCAUAGUCUGUUCAUACAGGACGGUCAAUGUGGUUCUAGUGCCUUAUAAAAACCUUUCACUGUAUGUUAUUAUUUAUAUAGCGCCAUCAGAUUCCGUAGCGCUGUACAAUGGGACAUUGUAUUUCCUUUGCUUUGAUCUCUCUCUCGCUCUCUUCCGCGCGUUUUCCUCUCCCAAUCAAUACUUUUGAUGGGUUGAAGAAAACAACCAAAAAUUGGAAAGUUGUAAAACCAUCAAGGGCUGCCUAUUUUUUGGUUUCCAUCGAUCGACUCUCAGUAUGCACACGGUGAUUAUUUACAUACAGUGUACAGCGCUACGGAAUUUGUUGGCGCUAUAUAAAUAAUAAAAUAAUAAUAAAAAUAAUAAUACAGUGUUUUCAUACUGUACUCACGGUAGAGGUGUCACACGGACGGCCGUCCCUCCAUAAGGAAAUACAACAUGAAUCACAUCUCUACUUUUUCAAUAAAAUCAAAAAAACAUUAAUUCUACCCCUCAGAGUAUAGGAUUAAUAUUAAAGAAGUUGUGCAUUGUCUAUUCACAAGCAGAGGUUGUCUUUGUCAUAAAUGGGAUAAUGUGUUUGGCCUCUCGGAAGUGGGAGGCUAUAAAUAUCUCUGUAAAUCGGUUUCAUUUUUUAUAGUUACCCCAUACAUACAGAGAGGAGCAUUAUUGGAAAGUAAUCAAUGAACAUAGAACCAGCUCUGUAGCAAUUCCACAUACACCGUUUUUUUGUUUUUUUUCCCUCUAAUCUAUUAAGAAGGGGGCCAUUUGAUUACUAUUUAAAAUUCACCAAAUACUUACACAAUGGUUUACAAUAAAUAAACUAUCUUUUAAUGUAUGAUAUUGGUAUCCAUGAGUUGGCAUGAGUCCAGGGUGGGAAUAGGUGCUAUGGGAGCUAGGAAUGGUCCACCAUAAGCUAUCUGGGUUUCAAAGGACACUUUAACAUUAAUGGGAUCGCUCAAGGUUGUGUUUCCCAGGUACGGGAUGUCAUCUCAUUAAAGCACAUUACGAGGCUGGACACUUAAGCAGGACCUGAUGAUAUAUUUACAAAGCACAAAAAUAAAACCUACCACAGACAAAAACCCCUGUCCUCUGGUCACUGAUCCAACUGCGAUCUUAGUGAUGACCAGUGUGUCUUCCCCAGGGAAACACCAUGACCUGAGCGAGAACAUGUAGCUUGUACAGGGAAGGGUUUAGGAGUAAACAACGCAGCACAAGCUGUUCCUACUGACAAAAGUUAUGAAGUGGUUAAAAGCUGAGAUGUUUACACUUUGGACCAGAAAGUCUAGACAAGAGGUCAGUGCAGACAGCAAGCGAAUAAAAACCACAGAUCUAGCAGAGAUCAGGAGGAUGGGGUAAAUGGAGAAACAUCAGCUGAUCUAAUUACCAAAAACGAGCCAAGGUCAAAAGUAGAAUCCUAAGGAACAGGGUAUUCUGAGCAAGCCAAGUGACGUGUAAGGAACACAAUCAGACAGAAACGAAAAGAUGGUCUUAAAUAGACCGUUAAUGGUAUAGAUAUUGUGAUCCUAGAACACACCGCAAGGCAGUGCUGCAAUGAAGUGCUAUAAAGGGGUGCAACGGGGAAGCAGGUCCCCCAAUGUGCGAUAUUUUACAGGAAACAAGAAAAUAGUCAGAUACAGAGCAGAGCUGCUCGGCAUCAUUUCUAUGGAAACAUUUCAAGCUGCCCGGCCUUAGAUGGAAACAGAAUCGUCAGCAUUGUCAUAUAAUGCCCACUGGUGGGCCGUGCUAGGUUUAUACUGCUCUACCCAGCUCAGACACAUCUUGUUCAGACAAUCUGGACAUGUAAGACAAAAAAAAACAAAAAAACACAAGAAACCUUCCAGAUUGGCUUCAAUGGAUUAAAAACAAAACCAGUUUAAGACUGAGCUGCAUUGGGAUCUGAAGAAUUCCUCCAAAUACAAGCAGCACUAAAAUACAUCACACAAACAGAAAGUCAUUUCUACAGACAGACAUUGUGACUCCAUUUUAAAAUAGGUUGCCACCAUGAAAUCUGUAUUUAAAAUGUUUAGAAAGGUUCCUCUUCCAAAGGAAUGAAAAUGUGUGGGGCAAAAUAUGCACCAUUCGGAAUUUAAUGGGGCCAAGAACAAUUGACUCAAUCAUUGCUGCCCCCUAGUGGUGGUAUACUGUGAACACAGGCACCCACACAAUGAUUCUAGAAAAAAAAAAAAAAAUUGCACUUCACUUGUUGUACAACUACAACUCCCAUGAUGCUUUGCAUGCAUUUAGAAUGGCAAGGCAUCAUGGUAGUUUUAGUUUUGAAACAUCUGGGGAUCUACCUUUUGGGCACCCCUGGUUUAAACACAGGAUUAACAAAAAUAACCAUCUAAGACUUUUUAAAUGUUUUUCCCCCCCAAUGUGUAGAUUUUGCUAUACGGCUUCUGAAUUGGAGAGUUUUCAGAAUUGGAGAAUUCUGAAUACAUACAUCCUGUCCAGAUACAACCAUAUAGCUGAAAUCCGGAACCAAACGAUAAAAAUAUCUUCACAACAUUCACACCCAGAGAGAGAAUUAGACAGGACUGGCAGCUUUAUUCCGGAGAAUUAAAUUCCACCAAAAUGAUUCUAACAAGUGGUGGGGGGGAAGGUUCACGUGUGGCACUGAAACACGUUGUUUUUUUGGGGGAAGAUCCACGUAGGAUGCACUGGAUAUUUCACUAUGUAUAUAGACCAUGGUAGGCAACCUUCAGCACUACAUCCCCCAUAAUGCUCUUACAGUCAUAACAGUGGUAAAGCAUCUGGGAAGAUGUAGUUCAUAAUAUCUGGAAUUCUGAAAGUUGCCAACUCCAGGUACAGACUGUAAGAAUGAGAAGGUCUAAUUCAGGUCUGGUUCAGGAAGCACAGUAAGGUAGGUGAGUGGACUGGACUUACCCACUCAUCAAGGGAUACAGAAUUCAGGAUCAGGAUCCGAUGCCUUUAUUCAGAGGUUAUGUAGAGAAUGGAAGCACUCAAUAUAAUAACACUAGCAGUAUGUAGCAGGGUUGAUAGGUGACUUUAUUGAUAUCGCUAUUUAAUAUCAUCUCCUAAUUUGGAGAAUAGGAUUUAGGAGCAUUAGGUGUAGUGGACAAAUCUUCUCUUCUUUAGCUCUGAUUGAGUGACAUAGAGGAGAUUAUUUAUAGUUUAUCACUAGUUAGUAGGUAUAUCCCUGAUUUGGGGUAGGUGUAAUAUAGCUUUACCUCUCUCUUCUGUGCCCUUAAUAUUUACCCAUUAAUGGAAGCAGACCUGCAUUUAUUUAUCUUCUGAAAACCAAAUCGACUACCUCUUAUAUACGAUUUAAUCUGCCAAUUCUAAUAAAAAAAUAUAGUUGGCACCAUUAUAAUAGCCACCUCCAGGGGAAAAGGGGGAGUCAAUAUACCAAUAUGUGUAAAACAUAUUUAGCAGUGUUAUUACGUUUAGGUUUUUAUAGGAUUUAUUGCAUUCAUAUUACUUUAACCAUUUUCCUGCCAGUGGCCGAAUAUUGCAGAUUUCAGUAGAUUUGUUUGCAAAAAGCAGAUAAAUUUAUUUUGGGAAUUUGCCGGUUACCAAAUUUGUUCAGGGUUCAAUCUGGCUGAAAUUGGGUUUUUUUAAAAUAUAAAAUUGGAAACACUGGAUAGUACUACAUAAGAUGUGCUCAUUCUAUCAAAAUAAAAUACUUUCACCUGAAUUUAGUACAAUUCGGGUAAAGUCAGUCAUAUUAAAUUCAUUUUCCAAGCUACACUUUACUGAAUGACAACACAGUGUUCUAAUCAGAACACCUGGCUCACAAGCCAGUGAUACAUACUAUACUCUGGAAGCAUUCUGGUGGGCAAUAUAUAGAUUUAGUAAUUGAACACAGACCCUGGAAAGAUCAUGGACAAGGCAAUGCGUUCCGUACUGAUAUUACGGAUCUAAGUGGCUAGAUUGUCUGCAUCAUAUAGGAUUUAAUCCAAGGCGAAUUUAAUCUGUUUUUGCUUUUUACACAGAUUUUAUUUCAGGGAAAUUCACAUAAUAAUCAUGUCCCACUACUGCAAACACCCAAUAUGUGUAUUCUGCUAGUAAUAACAACCCGUAAUCCAAGUCCUAAUUCCACCCCACCUUUGAGGUAUUUGGUACUGACGUCAGCAGAGGGAUGUCCCACAGCACAGGGGGCUCUUUAAGUCCUAUCUGCUUAGUGAUUGCCGCAUGAGAGGGAGAGCUCACUUAUGCUGCAGGACACAGAUAGAUACUGGGCAUCUUUUCAAACUCUAUGGAACUGCCUCAUAGCGGGAGAGGAGGGGGGGGGGGGGGCUGUGACAAGCUGGGGAAACCGUAAAAGUUUGUCAUAUUUGAAAUGACCGCAGCUGAGCACGAUCACACUCAGCCACGGUAUUUAAAUAAAUUUAAGGAGCAAUGUGCCACACUCUGAGUGCUGCACAUUGCUCUUCUGCCAGUUGUGGGCCAUUAAAUGUGGGCCCUACUGUAUCAAAAGACACCUGGGGGUCCCUGAGUUUUGAAUGCACCAGUCUGGAGGCAGUGACUGAAAUACAGUGGCUUAGCAGGAUCACUGAGCCGAUGUAUUUAAAAAGGUAUUUAAGGGCUAUAUACAGAGCUCACUUUAAGCGUUUUUUUUUAGAUAUCUGUCAGUUGGGGCCACUAACUGUGGACUCCUUCAAUACAAUGUGUGCCCUGUCUAUGCCAAGACUAAACCAAAUUGGGAUUUUAACACCCCCUCCCCCCCCUGUCUUUAGAAUAUUUUUUUUAAUAGAAUGCUUCACUUAAAAAUAAAAAAAAAUUCCCAACCAAAUGGAGGUAAGAGACAAAAUGCUCCUGCAAUGGAGCAAGUAAUAAAUGUGUGUACAUUUCCUACAUAAAUUGCUUUCCCUCCGAUCUCUUCUAAACAUCCUAACACAGUGUAACCUACCUUGGCAACGGUCUGUCAAUACAAUGUAACAUUGAUGGUCCUACCUUAAGGGCUGCUGCCGUAUAAUCUGUGUUGCUCUCUUGCAGACGGAGCUCUGUUGAGCGAGUUGUCGUGGCCAUCCUCUCUGGCCGUGGUGGCCGUUUCCUUCUCUGGUCUCAUCACCUUCAUAUUCCUCAUGUUGGCCUGUCUGUGCUGUAAGAAGGGUGACAUCGGCUUCAAGGUGAGCUCCAUAAUACGCAGAAUGCUAUCUGUACUGUCAUGUGAAGCAAAAUGUAAAAAACAUUUGGGAUUUGCUUUGCCCUUAACCUUUCUAACAUCAGUACCCAGGAAUGGGCAGAUAUAUUCAUUAAAUUGGGACUUCUUGUAAUUAUCAAUAUUAUUGAUCAUUUAUUUUUAUAAAUUUUAGGCAAACCAGCAGAGUGAAAAUAAAACCAGAUGUUUGAGAAUUUAUUUUGUCAAAAAUGUAUAAAACACAAUAAUUACCAUAAAUUAUCCUCUAUAAUACUACACAGGGGUUUGCAUUACAUCCCCAUCCCAUGUUAUCCUAUACAGCCUGACUCACCCUCUCUAGUUAGCCCCCAUGUUAGCUCACCCCUCGCCAGCCUGACCCUCAUCUCGUUAUGAUGUCCUUAGCCCCCAGCCUGACUCCUUCUUCUCUAUUUAUCCCAUGUGUCCUGCCCCAUCCUGGCUCCCCUCUAGUGGCCCCAUCCCAUGAUAUCCCUGCACCCCAGCCACAGCUCCCUCUAGUUACCCCAUCCCAUGUUGUCCUAGAGCCCCCAAGCCUGACUCCUCUCUCUAGUUUCCCAUGUUAUAGAGCCCCCAGCCCUGGCUCCCCCUCUCUGUUUACCCUCAUCCCACUUGAUAUCUCUGCCCCCGAGCCUGAGCUCCCCCCUGUUACCUCCCAUCCCAGAUAUCCUGAGCCCCAAGCCACAGCUCCCCUCCUAGUAUCCUGUAAGCCCCCCAACAGCCGACUCCCCCCUCUCCUGGGUUACCCCAUCCCACUGGUAUCCAUGCCCCUCCCAGGCCUGACUCCUCCUAGCCCCCAGCCCCCCCAGCCUGACUGCCCCUCUCUACUGACUUCUCCCCAUCCCAUAUCCUUAGACCAGCCCCAGCCUGACUCCUCUCUAUUUACCCCCAUCCCAUGUUAUCCCUGUAAGCCCCAAGCCUGGCUCCCCCCUCCCAUCCCAUGAUAUCCAAUCCCUGCCUUUGACCCUGACUCCCCCUCUCUCUAGUUACCCCAUCCCAUGAUAUCUAGCCCAGCCCCCAGCCUGACUCCCCCUCUCUAGUUACCCCCCAUCCCUUGAUAUCCUGGCCCCCCAGCCUGAGCCCAUCCCAGCAGUAUCCCACCAAGCCCCAAGCUGACCCCCCCCCUCUAGUUACCACCCCAGCCCCACCUCCCCUUUUUGAGUGCCCUCAUGAGGUACUAUUUUUGAAACUUCACCAACCCUGUGUUGCCCCCCCCUCCCCAGGCCCCUAACUCCCCCUCUCCCUCUCUAUUUACCUCCCAUCCUCCCAUCCCAUGAUCCUGCCCCCCCAGCCUGGCUCCCCUCUCUAUACCCCAUCCCGCGGUAUCCUAUGCCCCCAGCCUGACUACCCCAUCCCAUGAUAUCCCUAGCCCCCCCAGCCCUGGCUCCCCUCUCUGAGUGCCCAUCCCUUGUCCAUAGCUCCCAGGCCACAGCUCCCCUACUACAGGGUACCCCCAUCCCAUGACCAUGCCUAGCCCCCCAGCCUGACAAGUUCCCCUCCUCUAGCCUACCCCCAUCCCAUGCAGUAUCCUGGCCCCCAGCCUGACUCCCCCCUCUCUAGUUACCCCAUCCCACUUGACCUCCUACCAAGCCCCCAGCCCCCUAGUACCACCCCCAGCCUGAGCCCUUCAUUUUGUUCAGAAGACAGCGGUGAGAAUUUGUUAUUUUCUGGAAACUUCACAACAGCCCCUAUAGCCCCCCUCCCCAGGCCCCUAACUCCCCUCAGUACCCCCAUCCCAUGAUAUGUAGCCCCCCAGCCUGACUCCCCUCUCUGGGUUACCCCCUCCCAUGCCCCAUGAUAUCCUAUAGCCCCCCCCUCUCUAGCCUACCCCAUCCCACUUGUGUCCUAUGCCCCCCAGCCCUGACCCUCUCCCCUCAUCCCUGUUACCACCCCAGCCAGCUCCCCUCUGCUAUUUGCCCAUCCCCAAUGGUGACUCCCCUAUAGUUACCCCCUGGAAACUUGGCCCCCAGCCUGACUACCUCUCUGUUACCCUAUGUGCUGCAGCCCACCAGCCUGAUGUCCCUCCCCCCAUCUAGCUAUCCUGCCCCCCAUCCCAUGAUAUCUAGCUAUCCCACAAGGUCCCCUUUCUGUUACCCCUCUGAUGUCCACCUGCCCCAGCCUGGCUCCUCCCUCCUGGUGGCCCUCCCACUUGAUGUGCUGACUCCCCUCUCUAGUUUCCCACUUGUGUCCUGCCCCCCCCAGCCCAGAGUGCCCCAUCCCAUGCUACUGCCCUGAGCUCCCCCCUCUCCUGGUUACCAUCCCGUGUCCCUGCCAAGCCCCACCAGCCUGACUCCCCUAUCUAGUUACCCCAUCCCAUGAUAUCCUAUGCCCCAGCCUGACUCCCCCCUCCCUAGAUUACCCCAUCCCAUGACCCCCCCCAUGACUCCCCCCCUCUAGUUACCCCUAUCCCAUGAUAUCCUAUAGCCACAGUAACCCCCCCAUCCUGAGCCACCCCUCUCUGAGGUACCCCAUCCCCAGCCUGACUCCCCAGCCCUGACUCCCCCUCACUUCUCCUACCAGAGGUGCCCGUGACCCUUGUCUAAUCCUGCCCCCCCAUGCUCCCCUCUAUAGCCCCCCAGCCUACCACCCCCAUCCAAUUACUCCCAUCUUUGGUUAUCCUAUACCCCCAGCCCUGACUCCCCUCUCUAGUACCCCAUCCCAGUAUCCCUGCCUUUAUACAAGUGAAAUUUGUGAUUUUCUGUAAGCUUCACCCCAAUGGUCCCUGGGCUGGGGCUCCCAGUGAGCUGGGCCCCCCUCACUGCAGGCCAGCCUGGCUCCCAAUCUCUCAGGGUGGGCUCCCAUGGCCCUAUAGCCCCUGGCCUGCUCCCCCUCUCUACCCCCACAGUAUCCUAUAGCCCCCCAUCCUGACUCCCCCUCUUUAGUUACCACCCCAGCCUGACUCCCCCUUUUUAGUUACCCCUUCAUUUUUGUUGGAAGACAGCGGGUGAGAAUUUGUAGUUUUUUCUGUAAACUUCAUAACCUACUGUGUUAACCCAAGGCUGGGCUGGGCUGAACUGGGCCCCUCACUGCAAGGGUGGGCUCACUCCAGGGCUGGGCUGGGCCCCUCACUGCUGCUUAAACUGGGAAGUUUGGAUAAUUAACACAGAAAGUGACCAUUUAUGCCAAAAUAAAUACCGGUAUAUUUGAAAGGUUCUCCAAAUUCUGAUAUAAUUCCCAGAUCCACAAUAGGCCAAAAGUCAGACCCGCAACUCUUAUGUAACUACAACUCCCAUGAUACUUUGCCAAGUUACUGUUAUUGCCAGCCCUGUUCUAUACCACUAUUCAGAUUUUGUUAAAGGAAUCAUAGGGGUACUAAUGUUAGUUUAAAGGACCACUAUAGUGCCCUGAGGGUGCCCCCACCCUCAGGGUCCCCCUACCGCCAGGCUGGAUGGAGAGAGAGAGUUAAACACUUACCUUUCUCCAGCGCCGGGCUCCCUCGGUGCUGGAGACUCUCCUCCUCCUUUCCCAUCAUCGGCUGAAUGCGCAUGCGCGGCAAGAGCAUUCAGCCAGUCUCAUAGGAAAGCAUUCUCAAUGCUUUCCUAUGAACCAUGGCGUCUUCUCACUGUAAAAAUCACAGUGAGAAGCGCCUCCAGCGGCUGUCAGUGAGACAGCCACGAGAGGCUGGAUUAACCCAUAUGUAAAUUUAGCAGUUUCUCUGAAACUGCUAUGUUUACAGCAGGCAGGGUUAAUCCCCCAUUAAGAUGAAGUGGUCUGGGUGCCUAUAGUGGUCCUUUAAUUUAGAUUUCAGGGCUCGCUGUUUAUCUCAUUUAAUACAAAUUGUUAUAUGAGCUCUUUACUAACCUGCAAUACAGCACCAAGACAACCUCUUCAGAGCAGCCUAAUCCGCCCCCGCUGAGGUCAUCAGGAUUGGUAAACAUGUAUCCUAAUCAAAUGCUUCUCAUAGAGAAGCAUUCUGUACUCAAUGCGCAUGCACAUCAAAUGCUUCUCUCAUUCAAGAGCUCAAUGAAACGUUGCUUUUACUGUGGACCAUCAUCUAGUGGCGGUCAGGGGAACCCCACUAUAAAAACAUUUCGAUAUCUCCAAAACAGCAAUGUUUUACAUUUACACCAGGGCCACAGCACCAAAACCACUUCAUUGUCUAUGUUUUACAGAAUAUUGUGCUGAAGGGCUAAUUAACGGUUAACAUUUUGAACAGUCAAAUUGUUUUGAAGGCAUUUUACUAUUCACUGAGCAGCCACAACAUUAAAACCACCUGCCCAAUAUCGUGUAGGCCCGCCUUGUGCUGCCAAAACAGCUCUAGUGUGUCGAGACAUGGACUCCACAAAACCUCCGAAUGUGACCUGUGGUAUAUGGCAACAAGACAUUAGCAGAUCCUUUAAUUCCUGCAAGUAGCGAGGUGGGGCCUCCAUGGAUCGGAUUUGUUGUUCCAGCACAUCACACAGAUGGUCAGUUGGACUGAGAUGUGGUUAAUUUGGAGGCCAAGGCAACACCCUGAUCUCUUUGUCAUGUUCCUCAAACCAUUCCUGAACAAUGUUUGCAGUGUGGCAGGAGGCAUUAUCCUGCUGAAAGAGGUUGCUGCCACCAGGGAACUCCACUGCCAUGAGGGGUGUAUGUGGUCUGGUACGUGUCACAGUAACAUCCACAUAAUUGCCAGGACCCAAGGCUUCCCAGCAGAACAUUGCCCAGAUCAUAACACUGCCUUAUUCCCAUAGUACAUCCUGCUGCCAUCUCCUCCCUAGGUAAGCAAUGCACAAUCACCCGGCCAUCCACAGGAUCUAAAAGAAAAUGUGAUCCAUCAGACCAGGCAACCUUCUGCCAUCGCUCCAUGGUCCAGCUCUGACGCUCACGUCCCCAUUGAAGUCAUGGACAGGGGUCAUAAUGGACACCAUGACCAGUCUGCGGCCACGCAACCCCAUUCACAGCAAACUGCGAUGCACUGUGUGUUCUGGUAUCUUUCUAUCACGGACAGAAUUACAUUUUUCAAUAAUUUGGGUCUCCGCUUUUGGUAGGUACUAAGCACUGCAUACCGUGCACACUCCACAAGACGUGCCGCUUUGGAGACGCUCUGACCCAGUCGUCUAGCCAUCAUUAUGAUCCUUGUUAAAGGACCACAAUAGUGCCAGGAAAACACUCGUUUUCCUGGCACUAUAGUGCCCUGAGGGUACCCCCUCCCGCCGGGCUCUGGGGAGAGCAAAGGGGUUAAACUUGCCUUUUUUCCAGCACCGGGCAGGGAGCUCUCCUCCUCCUAUCCACCUCCGAUCCUCCUCUUCGGCUGAAUGCGCAUGCGCGGCAGGAGCUGCAUGCGCAUUCAACCAGUCUCAUAGGAAAGCAUUCAUAAUGCUUUCCUAUGGACGCUGGCGUCUUCUCACUGUGAUUUUCAAUGAGACAGCCACUAGAGGCUUUAGAGGCUGGAUUAACCCUAAUAUAAACAUAGCAGUUUCUCUGAAACUGCUAUGUUUAUAAAAAAAAAGGGUUAAUCCUAGAGGGACCUGGCACCCAGACCACUUCAUUAAGCUGAAGUGGUCUGGGUGCCUAGAGUGGUCCUUUAAAGUAACUCAGAUCAUUUCACUUGCCCAUUUUUCCUGCUUCCAACACAUGAAAUUAAAGAACUGACUGUUCACUUGCUGCUCAAUAUAUCGCACUCCUUGGCAGGUGUCAUUGUAACUAUAUAAUCAAUAUAAUUCACUUCGCCUGGCAGUGGGUUUAAUGUGGCUGAUCAGUGUAUAGGGAACAUUGAGAUAAAAAAAAUAGUUUUAAAGGUAACCGAAACACCAUAACCACUUCAGUGAUACGAUAAAGUGGUCAUGGUGUCUGAAGUCUGUAUGUCGGUGUUUCGCUAUGAAACGCUGCACAUUCUGAGUUUAACUCCUUUGCUGCCGGAGGUGUAACUCCAUUCCCAGCAGCAUCAUUCCUCCGUGGUUUAUUAAUUGACUUUCUUCCUAUAAGCACUUUUCAUGUACAGCCCAUCAGCCCAAGAGAGAGUUAGUUACUUACAGAGAUUUUCGAGUAAAUUUUAAAUUUAAGGCCAAAAUAGCUGAAUUUUAAAAUUCUCAUAGUUGGCCAUGCUUUCCGUUCGGCUACUUUUGCCUUGAAUUUGAAAAUAACUAAUUGUUAUAAUUUUAAGUAAAACUUCAAGGUUUAGGUACCAAAUAGCCAACGUGAAAACACGAUUUGGAGAUUUAUUUCCCAAUUUCGCUGUUUAUCCUUCAAGCUGAAAAGCGGUUAGUGUUUCUGGCAAUUUCCACGUCUGUGAACUGCGAUUCUGAGCAUCAUGGGAAACAGCCGGAGUGCCAUGGUUAGCCGUCCCUGGUAUAGGGAUUGACUGCAUGAGACAGGCACCCACACUCUGCUUUAUAAGAUAUCACAAGAUACAUUAACGUAGCGUGUUACUGAAAUAAAUAAAGCUGGUUAUAUAACUCGUUCUAAGAGAACAUUAACUGUUCUGGCUCCAUACAGCAGGUUGGGGAGUCUCAAUGCAUGCAGUGCCCCUAGAUAAUAAUGGCAUUGUGAUGGCACGUGCAGAGGGGAGGCCCUGUGAUAGUGACACACAGAGUGGGCAGUGAAUGGCAUGUCCGAGGCUUUACAAAACUAUGUGACGGUGAUCUCGCCGCCCCCAUUUCCAGCACAGUCCCUGGAUUCUGAUUUGAAGCUCGGCUGAGCGUGGUGAUGUGCCAGACAGAGACAGGGAACCGUGGUAAGGGGCUGUGCCAGCUCAGACAGGCUGUGUGAUGGCAGGGCCAGUCCUCUCCGGGUCUCUGUUACCCCAAUACUGAUAUGCUGACGCUCUCCUACCUGAUCGCUGGGGCAGCUUUUGGGGUUAAAGCUUUUUCUUGCAAACAUGGCGAGGUAGGGGUAAGAAUUGUGUGUCUGUGACGCAAUUUCGUCAAACGGUGUGUGUGUCAUAAUGUGAGGGGGUCUAAAUGUGUGUGUGUGUGUAUAGAUAUAUUUAUAAAAUAUCGUGGCUAGGUUUCGUUUUCCCUUUGACCAAAUAACUGUUGUAUUAAGAUAAAAUAUUGUGAAAUAAUCUUAUUGACCCAACUGGAUAUAAAAGUCUUAGCGAUGUGUUUGUAUAAAUGGGGUGUUUGGAUACAUGGUGCAGAGCAGACCAACAGCUACCCUUUUUUUGACAAAUUGCAUUUACAUACAUAACGUCAUGAGCUGUUAUUAAUAUGUGUACCGGUGUGUGGGUGUAGAAAUAUUCUCCCAGAUUGCUUUUAAUUCUCUGUUCUCUUUGGUUUUAUGAAAAUAGCUGCGUGGUUUAAUGUAGUAUCAUGCUGUGCGUAUCUUGAUGGGAGCACAACUAUACAGUAUACUGUAUAUAUAUAUAUAUAUAUAUAGAGAGAGAGAGAGAGAGAGAGUGUGCAGCAUUUUAGCAAGGUUUAUCCAUUAAAACAAGAACUGUAAUUCUUAGACCCAGAUAGUCGAAAUGGAAAAAUUCGUCAACCCAUCUCCUUUUCCGGUUCGGCUACUUUUGUCUAAAAUUCUCAAUCCAACGCUAUUUACAGUUUAGCGAUUAACCUCAGGGUAUCGCCAAAAUUGUUCAUUUGCUCCAGCAACUCAGAGUUAUUAAUUUCUACCUGCUAAAUAUUUCUUUAUAGAGAAGGCGUUGCCGUGUCCUGUCUACCAGACUGGGGUCGUUUGUUUUCCGUCUGUUAUGUGCAGUCAUACAUAAUAUAUUAUUCAGCAUCUAUUUCUGGGACGUCGCAAGUGAGGCUGCAAAUACCUGGUCAGGCGCAAUCCUUUUAUUGACUUAUUCUGUAAUGACUUGGCCACAAAUCUUCUAUAUAUACACUAUAGACUUUGAUCAGCCGCCCUGUAUAGUGACUUUUUAUUCAUUGUACAGGGCAAUCAGCAGCUGUCUAACCUCUACUUUCAUUGAAAUAUUUAUAUAGUGUACGUUGUCUGUAUUUUAGUGUUGGCUGUAGAUGCUAAUGCUGUACUAAUGGCUCUCGUCGGCUGUGGAUUACGGGAAUUGUCGUAUAAUAAUUUCUUAAUAACUGUAAACUUAUUAAGGUAGUUUGGACACCAUUCCUAUUAACAAAGUUGAGUUGGAUAUUUCUUACAAACCAGCUGUUUUGGGCUAGAUUUCGCAGCUCAAAUUAUAAUUUAAAGUUAAGAUAUUUUUCACUCCUAGAUUUGUAAAUUGAAGCUUCCUUUGUCCCUAGAUCGAAGUACUCCUAUUAUCAGUGCUUCCUGCACAGUAUUUGCUGAUUUUCCCAUGUACGAAGACUGCCAGUUGGGAGAGCGUGCCUGCAUGGCGUGCAUAUGUAGAUGCCCAGGAGAGGAGAUGGCAGCAGCGUUGAGGGGGAGCCUGUGGGCAUGCGUGUGGCAUACUUGUUCUGUAAACAGGACAGCAGCUGGCAUCUUUCAAUACAGAGGAAAUGGGUCAUCCCUGUGCCAGCUGUAAUGCCACGCUAAGUCAUGCAUGAGUAAUAGCAUCAUGGCGACUCCUGGAGCGUGUCAGGGGCCAGCCGAUACGGUUAUUUAGAAAGCUUGCUCAAGGGUGGGGGAACAGCGAUAAUAGGGCACACUUAACCCCUCUGUCUCCCCGUUAAAUAAUUUAAUUUCCAGCUCUGAAACAUGUACAUUCGUCGCCGAGUUAACAUUAUCACACAGACACUAUUAGCACUCCACACGUUUCAUACAGUUUGGGGGGUGGGGGAUUUGAGACUUAUGCACAACUAACAAACCAGGGCAAUGAAUUGAUGUUUGGCUUAGGUCAGCCCAACCGAUGCUGGCAAACUACAUUUCCCAAGAUACUCAUGCAAUCUUUAGAGCAGUAUGGGCAAUGUAAUUGACCUUCAGUGAGGCCACAUUUAUCAAUAACUAGCUUAUAAACCUGCAAGCAGAUUGUGACAUCUGUUGUUUACUGUACGUCAGCAAUCGACAGGCCGGCUGCCAUCUUGGAUGUGCGCCAUUUUGUAUAAAUAAAUUAUUAGUACAUAGGGUGUAUCCUCUAAACUAUCACACCAUGGUAUGAACCAAAUUGUGAGUUGACAGAUAUUCAGAGUAAAUGUAAAAUUUUGACCAAAUUGCUGAAAUAGAAAAAUAUGUUUGUUUUCAGUUUAGCCUUUUUAGACUAAAAUGAAAGUAAACACAUUUUAUUGAAUGAAACUGUUAGUUGACGAUAGUAUUGAAAACAAUUCGGCCUAAAUAUCAUCUUCAUAUUGUAUGUUACAUUUUGCAAAUUGGUUGUCAAUUCACCGUACUUUGCCUUUAAGUGAUUUAACCUCUUGUUUUCUGGAGAAAACUCUUUGUCCCUCCUUUUCUUUUUCUUCUUUUCUAUGUGGAAAUAAUGAAGGCCCCUUGUUGUCCUCAGGAGCUUGACAAUGUGGAGGGAGAAGAUUACACCACUGAAUUUUCUGUCCAGAGCUCCCCCGCGGCGCAGAAUGGGCCCGAGGUGUAUGUUCUGCCUCUUACAGAGGUCUCCGUGCCAAUGUCCAAACAGCCUGGAAGAUCAGGUAAGGAGAGGUCCUUCUGCGUGAUAUCUGUGUUACGCUGGGUACGGAGCAUACUAUCACUGCCGGCCAAUACAAACAUUGUACAACGCCACGGAAUGUGCUAGCAUUUUAUAAAUCGUAUUUAUUCUAGAUUCGUAGCAUGUAAAACUGUUUGCCCUACUAUAUAAGUUUUUUGUAGCAUCACGUUACGGUUAGUAAAUUGGUUACGUCUUCAAUAUAUCCUCCUCCUUUUCAUCCGCUGCCACUUCCUAAAACCAGUCGCUAGUAAUUGUCACUCCUGGCUGCUGGGUACUCCGCUCUGCCAUCUUCUUGUCCUUGUCACUUAUAGGCAAUACAAGACGAAUACUGGAUGGAUCGAGUGCAGCUCGCCAGGGAAUUUUCUAAUUGAGCUGGCUCUUUAAGUUAUUAACUCUUUCAUAACCCGUGCAAAAUAGUUUGUAGUGUUUUGACACAUGUGGUACCAUUCCAUGUUGUGUCUGUAAACUGUGAGGAUAUACAAGGUGUAGUAUUGAAGCAGAGUUUCAGCUGUGGCACGGAUUAGUUUAGCUUACAGCACUGGAUAAUGUCCACACUUCGAGCCAGUCCUAAUGGAAUUAAAAAUGGGAAUUUUCCAAGUGUAUCGGUACCAUCUAUCCUGCAUCCAUAAGUACCAUGUUUUUCUGAAUCCUGUUCUUUAAUCUCACAGAUUAUUUUUCAGAUAGCCCUGACACUCGCAUUUCCACAAAUGGUCUGGAUUCCGGUCAGGUAAUAAUGGGUGCAGGAGUGAGAAAGGAGUGGCCGCUCAUUACGAUUCUUUUUAACCUGGCUCUUGACCCUCUUACCUGGAUCCUUCACAUACUCUCCAUUCCAUCGAGUAUCACCAUUCAUCUGCAAAUCUCAACUUGCAAUCUGAAUGUAUGAAAUACUUGGUGAUUCUCAUUCCAACACAACUAUUAACCCUUAUACAAGAUAUAUUUUAAAAACUGUCAGAUCAAACUUUGAAUAGAAAAAUAGAUACUUCUAAUUGUUGAAUUUAUAAAUGAACUUUCUUCUUAAAGUUGACUGUUUUCUCAAAACAACUUUAUCCAUUUCAAAUUUCACCUCCCCUCCUUUCUAGGAAGCAUGAGAGGCGCAUUUACACAUUAUUUACAAACUUCCGACGGAAAGGCAAAAAGCCCAAAAUUGAUCUGAGCUGCCUUCAGCCAACCAUCGUCAGUUUGAAUCUAAACCUCCCCAAUAUCAUGACCUUGGCCUCUAGGUACGCCUUAGGCUGGAUUAAUACCUUUUUCCCCAACAAUUCUCUAGAACAACUGUUUUCUCAUGGUGUCACCCUUACCCAGUUUCUUGAUAUGCCUUUCUCCUCGAGUCCCAAGGAAGUCACACAUAACCCAUAACUGGAAAAAUGGUCACAUGCAAUACACACCUUAGAAACCGGCCACAUUUUGAGAGCAGUGACCAGACUUUACAAACUACACCUGGUGGCAUCUCACCAUGACACCACUGGACAAUUUCAAUGAAAAUGUGUGAUCUCUGAGAUUUCCCAUCGCGCGGUGAGGACAGACACAUACCUUUACCAAUGCAUUUAAGCCUGUGAGGGGUGCAGUAAUUUUGGAGAAAUAUUCGGGUAUACCUAAAUUAUUUCUUAUAUACCCAGACUUAAACUGCUCCAGAAUGCGUUAUAUUUUGUAUAUCUUCCAAUCCAGGGAUCACGCAUUUUAAUACAUUAAUUUAAAUGGAAUUAGUGGUGCCAGGGAAAGCUGUUUUCCAUAAACGGAUACGCCCUGAAAGCCCUACCUUCACUUUGUUUGAGACCAGAUUUUAUUUUGCUUUCAAAUCAGAUUGGCUAGAAUCCUCUCUAAAUAAACUAACAUAAAAAAAAUACAAAAUGCAGAAUUGGACACCUUCAGGGUUAUUUUAGUGUUAAUUAUCCAGUAAUCAAAGUGAAUUUUAAAUUAAAGUCCAGAGUAGCUGAACUAGGAGCAGAGCUGCCUGGGAAAAUGUUCCAAGUUUGGCUACUUUGACCUUAAAUUUAAAAUUCACUUAGAACUGACUUUGAAUUCUGAACAAUUCUCACUUUAGUAAAUAACCUUCCUUAUAUUGACUCUGGGCAGCGGUGGGACUAUUUCUGGUGCAGCUGCUCCUUGAGGGUUCCAUCGGGUGAUCGAUGAACUUGGGGUCACCUGUAGGUUAUUGCUGAACAGGGGCCCGGUCCCGGUGUGUACGUGUGUCUGUCUCAAGGUGUGUGUAGGUGUCAGUGUGUGUUCCUAUGUGUUUGUUAAUGUGUAGCUAUAUCUGUGUAGGUAUGUAUGUGGCUGUGUAUGUACGUAAGAGCAUACAUCCCAGCAAUCAUACAUCAGCACAACAUGCAAACACACUCCUGCACUCAAACACAAACACAAACAUUAUAUACAAACACAAACAUUACAUACAAACACACUCCUGCACUCAAACACAAACAUUAUAUACAAACACAAACAUUAUAUACAAACACACCCUGUACUCAAACACACACAUUACAUACAGACACGCCCUGCUUGCAAACACACUCCUGCAUUUAAACACAAACAUUAUAUACAAACAUGCCGUGCUUACAAACACACUUCUGCACUCAAACACAAACAUUACAUACAAACACAAACAUUACAUACAAACACACCCUGCAUUCAAACUCACCCUGCAUUAUACCAAUGGCAAUAAUACAUACAUAUACACCCCUACAUGCACACACAAACUCUAUACAAACACUGUUUACAAAUACAGCCCUGCAAGGAUGGGCCUAUGGUAGAUCUACAGCUAUCAUAGCAUUAUGGGAGUUGUACGACAGAGGGGGAUCUACCUUUUGGCCACUCUUGCACUAGAGGGACCCCCUCUACAUUCUUUUAGCUGCUGACUCUGAGGACAAAGUUGAGGAACUAGUUUAAAUAAUAUUUGCUGGUUUACAGGAUAAAUAUUGGAUCGUGUUAGUGUACCCAUGACCUGCCUUACCUCAUACGUCUUCUAUUAUCCUGGGAAUACAAUUCUGACAGGGUUAUUUAUUAGUGAGAAGUCAAAGUGAAUUUCAGAUUUAAGGCCACAGUAACCAAACUGACAGCAUAGCUAUCUUUAAACCUUAAAUUUAAAAUUCCAUCUGAAUACUCACUGUUAAUGCUAUUCCUUCAAUCAUUUCCAAUAAGAUUCUUUAGACCACACUGUUACCUGUUGUGUUAUUUUUUUAUUUAUACUGUUAAUAAUAAUAAGUUCCCUGCUACGCUUGUACGCAGUGAGAAAGUAGGUAGUGGUACAGAUUCUGUCGGACACCUGUCUCAUGUUAGGCACUCCCAGCCUUGUUGCUACAUUGUACAGGGGUAGUCACUGCCCUCAAGAAAAUACAUUUUUCUGUGGAUGAUGUUGAGGAACGAGUUGUUGUUUUUUCUAUUUUCAUUUAUUUUAGGUUUUCACAAAAAAACUUCCUCACCUUAUAUCGUUUUUAUAAAAACUUGCAUUAAAAUGUUAUUGCAAAAAUAAGCGUUGUUAAAGUGAUAGUGAUUGUGUGGUGUUCUGGAAUGUGUAUGCUUUGUAUAUGUUUGUGGGAACAAGGCACAAAUCUGGUACCACUCGGAAAGGGUGAGAAUAUAAAAAUGGUUAGUGCAUCACCUUCUUGCAGUGUGUGGGCUCGGCCGAAACAAUGUCGAUAGCUGUCCAGGGCUGCCUCCGUCACUGGCCAUGAGUGGGACUGGAAUCUGGAUGAGGAAUUCAUCGCUUUCAAUUUUAUUUCUCCUUGAGAACAAAGGGGUGUGCUAAGGAAUGGGGAACGUAAAAAACAAACCCCUCAAAGUACAGACGUUUAAGCAGACAAGGGACCCUUUUCACAGAUGCCCAGCCCGCCCAUGUUUGCGUUGAUGCUACACAGAAUGCUCUCAGUGUCUUUGUGUCUAUAGAGACAGUGAGAAGCCGUGCCAGGCAGGCCACAAUGACGCUGUGUGUCACUGCAAGCCAGCAUGCAGCCCUGGAAUUUUAGGGCAUGGUGGUGGGAUGGCUGGCGUGGGAGCACGGAGAGGCUAAAUGUCAGAGAGAUAAUUGCAAUGUGAAAUGAAUACGGGGAAUGUUUGAACGCUGCUCAGACCUCAUCCUUUCCCAGUAAUAUUAGUCAGACAAGUUGUACUUUUCCAUCUCUUGUGCGGAUUAACUCCAAUGCCCAUCAGAGCUACAAAUGGGAAUUAUAGUCCAGCAGAUCAUUAGCUGCAUGUUGUCCAGCCACUUGCUGACAUUCCUAGUGAUAGCAUUUUGGUAGCGUGUGUGUUUAGGGACAAUUUCAUUUGGAAAUGCAAUUUAUCUCGAUUUCAUUAUAGACAUCCUUUAUUGUAGCAAUCAUUGUAGCACAGUUUAUACUAUUAUUGUAUUGUGUUAAUGUGGGGCACAGUCUGGAGGUUUAUGGGUGUCUAGGGCUGGAGGACACUUUGGUGUGAAUGGUGACCCAUGGUAAGGGAUACCUGUAUUCAAGGUGCUUUGGAUGGUAAACGCAUAACCUGAUCGAGAGUUAUAGGGAUUAUAGUUCAAAACACCUUGAAGGCAGGUACCGUAACUCUAAACAAACCUAACCACAGGCCUCCUGAAUGCCACCCCAACCCUAAAAUCUCCAAUCACUAAAAUAAUUUAAUUAUUACCAGCAUUUUUACAUCACAAUGCCCUUAGAAAUGCACUGCCAUUGGCCUAAAUUUAGAAAUGAAUUUUGAAUUCCAAGCAUUUCACCCUUUAAUUAAUAACCCUGACAAACUCAUUUACAAAGUUUAAUUGUCAGGAAUUCAAAGUGAAUUGAAAGUUUUUCUCAUUAACGCUAGAGUUGUGUGAUGAUAAUAUCUGAUGUAUUCUCCGAACCUUACAGUUUGUCCAAAUCACAUAACACUCAGCCAUGUUCUGCCAAAUCGUAAGGCAAGGGGACACCAGACCCAGAGCAUAACAAUGCUCCUUUCAGAAUGGAUGGCACCAUCUUCGCUGUCAGGGGCCCCAUGGGGCCAGGUAUCACUGGGAUAUUCACUAGGCUCCAAAUUGUAGUAACUUAGAAUCUAAAUGCCAAUGUUUAUGAAAAUGUUAUUGAUUUUGUAGAAAUUCUCAGCUUAGAAAUUUUAGCUACAAUUUAAGAAUUUGGAUUUUAAUUCACUGUGAUUAGAUUUUCAUGAAGAAACCCUCUUUACAUGUUUAGUAUACAGUUAGCUAGUAGUGAACAUAUUUACCUUUAUUCUCAGGAACCCUAUAAUAGUCCCGGGGUUAAUCGGCUUGAUUCUCAUUGAACAAGGCUUGAAGUGGCACAUUAACCAACUGAGCUAUCUUCCUAACCUUACUCAUGAUGUUACGUUACCUCUGCGUGGAAAUAGAGACAUCACACUUUACACGUGACCUUUAACGCAUCCGAUUUAUUCCAGUCUCCCUCUGUGACUAAUGCCAAUUUACCAGAUUCUUGUUUUACUUUUCUUUAAACCGAGAUCCUUUGAUAUUUCAGUUUAUUAUUUAUACAGCUCCAACAUAGUUUGCAGUUCUGUACAAUGAGAUGGUAAUCUAAUAAUUUAGAGUUCGGUUGGUAAAGCAUAUCGAGAUAAGGGAGGUGAUUUUUCUUUUUUCUUUUCUGUUUGUUACAGUGCAGCUUCUCAAAUCCACAGACCUGGGAAGGCAAAGUCUACUUUACCUGAAGGAGAUUGGACAUGGCUGGUUUGGCAAGGUAGGUGUAUGUCUGCGCCCCCUGCUGGCUGUACAAUGCAUUACAGUCAGCUUGUUUGAGAAGAGUGCAGUAAUAUUUUGUUAAAAACUGUAUCCCUGAGAUUUGGUGAUAUUUCAGUUAACACACCCAUUAUAUGUGGCUUGUAUAUAUACAUUUGAUCCUGAUGAAAGCCCAGAAGGAGGGCUGAAAUGCCAAUAUUUUUUAUGGAUUUACUGUAAAAGAUUUAAGAUUUUAAACCUAGAAAAGACCGUGAGUGCAAGCUAUUCAUCUCUCUCUCUCUAUCCUUCUCUCUCUCUCUCUUUAUAUUUGGGGUUGGGGAUGGUAGAAAUCCCCCUUUAUUAGUGAAUAUCAAUUUUGACGUGUGUCCAUUUGGGACUGUCAGGGUUUACUAAAUCGACAAUUCAAAGUGAAUUUCAAAUUUAUGGUAAAAAAUCAGCUCUACUUUCAGUUCAGCCUUAACCCCUUAAAGGACCACUAUAGUGCCAGGAAAACAUACUCGUUUUCCUGGCACUAUAGUGCCCUGAGGGUGCCCCUACCCUCAGGGACCCCCUCCCGCCGGGCUCUGGGAGAGGAAGGGGUUAAACACUCGCCUUUCUCCAGCGGCGGGCGGGGAGCUCUCCUCCUCCGAUCCUCCUCUUCGGCUGAAUGCGCAUGCGCGGCAGGAGCUGUGCCGCAUUCAGCCGGUCUCAUAGGAAAGCAUUUACAGUGAGAAGCACGCAAACGACUCUAGCGGCUGUCAAUGAGACAGCCACUAGAGGAUUUGGAGGCUGGAUUAACCCAUUAAUAAACAUAGCAGUUUCUCUGAAACUGCAAUGUUUAUAAAAAAAAAAGGGUUAACCCUAGAGGGACCUGGCACCCAGACCACUUCAUUAAGGUGAAGUGGUCUGGGUGCCUAGAGUGGUCCUUUAAAUUUGAAAUGUACUUUGAAUGUUUACUUUAGUAAUUAGCCAUGUCUGAUUUGCAUUAUGUUUUAGGUUCUGCUCGGGGAGGUGAACUCGGGGAUAAGCAGCACACAGGUUGUUGUGAAAGAGCUGAAGGUCAGCGCCAGUGUUCAGGAACAGAUGCUGUUUCUAGAAGAGACCCACCCAUACAGGUAUGUACCUGUCCCAUGCAUGUUACAUCACCAAUUCCCCAGCCAAUUAAUGUAUCCAUCGCCAAGCCCCCUGCUCACAGAAAGACGAUGUUAUACCAAGUUUAGCCAGUAGGUGGCGUCUGUUGAAUGAACAUUCUGAAAGGAAUGCAUGUCUACAUUAACCCUUUACGUGAAGGCUCUCACUGUGUCAUUAUAUUAUUAUUAUUAUUAUUAUUAUUAUCAUUUAUAUAGCGCCAACAGAUUCCGUAGCGCUUUACAAUAUUUUGAGAGGGGGGAUGUAACAAUAAAUAGGACAAUUACAAGAAAACUUACAGGAACAAUAGGUUGAAGAGGACCCUGCUCAAAUGAGCUUACAGACUAUAGGAGGUGGGGUAUUAGAAACAUUAGGACAAGAAAUAUCAAGUAGGAGUGAAGCAGAGCUGGAGGAGAGAGCAAAGCACUGUCCCAUAGGAGAGAGCAGGAGACAGGUAUGUAAGGUAGAGAUUACUCUGGGAGGCCAUAAGCUUUCCUGAAGAGAUGGGUUUUAAGGCCCUUCUUAAAUGAUUGAAGACUAGGGGAGAGUCUGAUGGCAGUAGGCAAGCUAUUCCAUAGGAGAGGAGCCACCCACGAGAGGUCCUGCAAGCGCGAGUUGGCCGUACGGGUGCGAGCAGCGGUCAGGAGGUGGUCACGGGCAGAGCGGAGGGUACGAGGAGGGGCAUAUCUAUGGAUUAGUGAAGAGAUAUAAGUGGGGCUAGAAUUGUUCAGUGCUUUAAAUGUGUGGGUUAGCACUUUGAAUUGACUCCUAUAGCAUACAGGGAGCCAGUGUAAGGACUGGCAGAGGGUUGAGGUGUGAGAGGACCGACUAGAGAGGAAAAUCAGUCUAGCUGCAGCAUUCAUGACAGACUGUAGCGGGGCAAUACGGCUUUUGGGGAGACCAGUCAGGAGAGGGUUACAGUAAUCCACUUACUAUUAUUAUUAUUAUUAUUUGAUUAUUUAUAUCGCGCCAGUUAAUUCUGUAGCACAAAACAUUCAAGAUUAUCCCACUGUCUGCACACACGUAAUACUGAAAAACUACUAUAACCACUUAUUUCAUCUUUCCUUUUAGUAUUAGUUUUAAGAAUACAAAAUAACCAAUAAAGAAUGUACAAUUAAAAUUCAAGUGUGUAUCGGAGUUAAUAAAUUCAGUGUGAAUCGUUGGCAACUGUAGUGAAUUUCAGAAUAUUCGACCCAAAUAGUUUAACUGGAAACAUAGUUAGAUUGUAAGCUUCUUUGAACAGGGCAUUCGUCACUUGUGUCUGUGUCUGUCUGUCAGCAUUAUUUCAGUCUGUUGGUUAUUUAUUGUAAAAUAUCUCUAAUUAAUAUAUCUCCCAAUGAUGUUACUCUAGUUUAAUUAUAUUGUAAAAUACAAUCUGCUGUAAUAAGGGUUUAUGAUUCCAUAAAUCAGUUUGUUAAUACUGUAGUCAUGUAAUAAGGUUCCGUUAGUGGAGGAAAAUAUCCCUGCCUGUUUCCUUUCACUUGUUCGGUUUACGGCUAGAUAGAGUGAAUGCUUGAACCUUGUUUUUUCGAAUACGGUGUCUUGGUUCCACCCCAAGUCUUGGGAACAGGAUACAAGUUCACACCUCGCCCCUUCCUGUACGCCGGGUCUUUACUCUGAGCGUCUACCAAACCAGUUAAUUGUUUCUCGAGGGCCAGAGAGUAAGAUAUAAAGAGCAGAGAGAGUUAAGGUUAGAAUUUAUUGACAGCAGGAAUAUUUACUGGUUUCCAUGGAAACAGCCUCACUUUUAGAAAAUUGGCCCAUGAAUGUUCUUUGUUCUUAACCCCCAUUAGUCCCUUACAUGUAGAGACCUAGUCCAGUAUAGACCUCCAGUCAGUAUCCCAAAUAUAAGCAGAACCUCUGAAACAUUAUCGUUGGAUAUGAUAAUAAAUUCUAUGCUGUCAGUUUGACUACUCUGGUCUUAAAUUUGAAAUUCACUUUGAAUUCUCUCUUUAGUAAAUAAUCCUAAGUAACUGGAUUAUUCACUAAAGUGAGAAUUGUCAGAACUUAAACGUGAAUUUCAAAUUUAAAGUCAAUUCUGCCAAUCAGCUAUGCUUGCAGUUCGCCUAUUCGGCCUUAAAUUAGAAUUCCUGACAGCUCUCUCGUUGGUAAAUAACGCGGAAUAUGUAAAUCUUUUAACAAUGAUUUCACGUUUCAUUGUCCUGCCUCACUGUAGUAUAUACAAUAAAUCAAUGUCUGCAAGCUGGGACGGUGGAUGUAAUAUACAUUCUGUGCUUUCUGAAUACGAGACACGGCUCACACAAUCUGUCAUUAAUAUUUUGGGACUUUAUUAAAUAAGGUAGAGCUGAGCUCAGGUGACAGUUCCCCAUUAAUUAGCAAGCACUGUGUACUUUUUUAACACUCUGUGAUCUCAGGUAUGUUGCAAACAGACGCACUCACCAACGCUGUCAGUAUGUGUUUGUGGUACGUAGUUCCUGUUAGAUGACGCUGUUUGGAAUGUCUGUUAUAAUGUUGCUUUCUUAAGUUCUCUUGCCAAAUUCUUUACAAAUAGAUGUACAAUCUUGAAAUUGUUGCUUACUUGUAAAAAAAUAAAAUGUACAGAUUUCAAUAGAAGCUGGCACUUUUAUAAGUUACAUUUGUUAUUAUAUUACAAAAUUACUUUGUUACUCCCCCUGGUUUCAACUAGAGAAUCGGUCCUGUUACUUCCUGGUUUGUUUAGCUCAGAGGAGAUAAACGAGGCAGCAAUUGCCCAGAGCACCUGCCUUGCAAAGACUUCUCAUUGAGCUGCAUUGGGAAGUCUGUGAUUGGACAGCCACAGAAAGUCUGGGCAGGGUUAAACGGGAGCUGUUUUUAGAUACACAUGCCUAAUUAAAUGUAUCCAUGUUUUCAUUUGGCAUAUAUCUAUUAACCCCUUAAGGACAGCGGGCGUGCUAUGCCGUCCUUGGGGACCCGGCUCUAAACGCCGGCGGGCAGCAUAGCACUGUCCUAUUUACUUACCCGCUCGCCGGCGAUCCCAUGCCGGAGGUUGCGGUGGAGGGACUCACCUGGCACCCCCACCGCAAACCAGACUCACCCCUGCUGCCGUUCUGGCCUUCCUGGGCCAUGUGAAUGCGAGGUUCUUGCGAGGACCUCAUGAUCACCCGGACAGCCUAGCCGUCCACAACAGUGCCAGCAGUGGGAGUUUCUGGAAUGAGAGGUACUCCCCUUGCUGCCUGUAAAAUGUAGUAUAACAGUGCAUUUACAUGAGUAUAACAGUACCCCUCAUGUACAGGUUUUAUGGUGUUUUCAAAAGUUACAGAGUCAAAUAUAAGGCUUGCGUUUCAUUUUUUUCACAUUAAAAUUCGCCAGAUUGGUUACGUUGCCUUUGAGACUGUAUGGUAGUCCAUGAAUAAAAAUUACCCCCAUGAUGGCAUACCAUUUGCAAUAGUAGACAACCCAUGGUAUUGCAAAUGGGGUAUGUCCAGUCUUUUUAGUAGCCACUUAGUCACAAACACUGGCCAAAAUUGUCAUUCAAAUUAGUUUUUUGCAUUUUUCACACACAAACAAAUAUUAACACUAAAUUUGGCCAGUGUUUGUGGCAACGUAACCAAUCUGGCAAAUUUCAAAGUAAAAAAUUAAAAAUGUUACAUGCUAAAUUUGACCCAGUUACUUCCCAAAACACCAUAAAACCUGUACACAGGGGGUACUGUUUUACACGUGAGACAUCGCUGAAUACAAAUAUGUUAUUUAUUGCAGUAAAAGCAAACAAUAUUAUGACAAUCACAGUUAAAAUGUCGUGUAGAACUAAACAAAUUCUUAUUCUCUCACAUUUUUAAAAUAUUGUAUUGAUAUGAUAUUAUGUCCCGUAGCUAAAUAUUUGAUGUUAAAUAAAAGCCCUGUUUCCCCUGAAUAAAAUAAUAUAUAAUAAUUGUGGGUGCGCAUAAUACGAAAGAGGUGAAUUACGCCUGAACAGACAUAAAGCGCAAAUUCCAGGUUUUGUUUACGUUUUGUUUUGAUCACAACGUGUAUAAUUUGGCUCAGUCCUUAAGGGGUUAAACAGUGGUUUCUAUUUAUUUUGGCAGUGGAGUGUCCCUUUCAGUUAUUUUGGGGGAUCCAGCACCUUGUGUAUAGGGGAUCAAAGGCUACCUAAUGGCCACGUUUGGUAAACUUUAUGGAACCCUACAUUCCCCAUUGUGCUCAGCUAGCCUGAAGGCAUCCUUGUCCUAGCUCAUUUCUAAUAUUAUAUAUUAAUAUUAUUAUUAUUAUUAUUAUUAUUUGCUUUCUAACGCGUCAAAUUUAAAAACAAAUGUUUUUUUCCUAAGACCAGGUAAUGAUUGUGAAAGGGCUCAUUGUUCUCUCCCCGUUUGACAGUUUGUUAUUCUUUGCACAAAGGAAAGGAGAAGCUGCCUGUCCUGACGUGCUGCAGACAAUCUCCUGUGUUAUUAUAUGUUGAGUUGAGUCAGAGAAGAGGGACUGCUAGAGGUUUAAACGCUAUCACUGGCUGAAUCUAUUCAUUUUUCACAAUAUUUCAAAUUGUGAUCUAUAAAAAAUAAAUAAACCGGUUUUAAAAUUUGCCCUGAAACAGCCAAACUUAGCGUGUACCUAAUCUGAGUCUUGCUACGCUAGAUAUUGUAACCAGUGAACAAAUCUAAUACCUCGCUGACCCCCAAACAGGGGACCUGCGCAGCCCUUUAUUGAGCUUUAUUUCAAUCAGAUUGUAACCUGUGCAUUGUUAUAAAACAGCUGGUCAUGGCACAGGGGUCCUGAACAAAUGGGGGUUGAGGUCUGGAGCAGUGUAUACUGCCUGCUUGUUUUCAUGAGAUUCUAGGAAAAUUGUGGAAACGCAAAGUUUCUGAACUGCUGUGCCAAGGGCGAUUUUUUAAAUUUUUUUUUGGUAAAGGUCAUAAUUGACAUGUGAUCUAGUAAACUGUAUAUUUGAAAAUGGAUGCAUGUAUAUGUCUAACCUUAAAAAUUACGUUUUUAGAAUGUGAUGCUUUUAGAAUUAUUUUAUUGUCAUUAAAUCAUUCCCCCGUUGUGAUGUUCAGCUGGGCUAGCAUUCUUUAACGCUUGGCCACUUCUAUCCUCAGAGUCCUCCAACAUGACAACCUGCUGCAGUGCUUGGCACAGUGCGCAGAGAUCACCCCUUACCUGCUGGUCAUGGAGUUCUGCUCAUUGGUAAGUUCAGUUCCUGAAACACGGGAGUUCAAGAGAGGACAGGUAACCUUUAAAAUGUCUGCUUGGGCGCAGUGCCAGGAGUUAAGUUCACCCGCUCAUUAACACAAAAGAGAACAAAAGGGCAGGAAAUCGUACCCUGCUGGCAUCUUAUGUAACCUGGCACAGGAGUUUGGAAGGAGAAUCUAAUUUUACACACCACUGGAUACUGCAAUAAUUGAGGGAUAUUUUCAAUGAUGUCUAUCUGGAUAGAACCUUCGGGAUGGCCAUGUCAGUGCCGGCAGAUGGGCCAGAAACCUUUUUUUGUAACAGUCUAUCCCUAGAACUAGAGACUGGGGCAGUGAUGUGACGUCUGUCUCUGAGAUUGAUGACCGUUUUCAUGCAGGUCACUUUUGAGUUGCUAAAGCAUGGGAAUUAGUGAAUCCCUCUUGAUUAAUUUAAAGGAGCACUAUAGGGUCAGGAACACAAACAUGUAUUCCUGGCCCUAUAGUGUUAAAACCACUAUCCAGCCCCAUUGGCCCCCUUUGCCUCCAUAAAUAUAGCAAAGUCUUACUGUACUCAAGCCUGAAGCUGUAACUCUGCAUGCUGUUAGACUCAGAAAAACAAGCAGUCUGUUGACAUCAUCAGAAAUGGUAGCGUGAUCCAAUCACAUUGCUUCCCCAUAGGAUUGGCUGAGACUGACAAAGAGGCAGAUCAGAGGCAGAGUCAACAUGAUUCAAACACAGCCCUGGCCAAUCAGCAUCUCCUCAUAGAGAUAAAUUGAAUCAAUGAAUCUCUAUGAGAAAAGUUCAGUGUCUGCAUGCAGAGGGAGGAGACACUGAAUGUUUGGAUACAUUUUAGGCAGGCGUGACCCAGGAAGGAUCUCUAACAGCCAUCUGAGGAGUGGCCAGUGAAGUUAUCACUAGGCUGUAAUGUAAACACUGCAUUUUCUCUGAAAAGACAGUGUUUACAGCAAAAAGCCUGAAGGUAAUGAUUCUACUCACCAGAACUAAUUCAAUAAGCUGUAGUUGUUCUGGUGACUAUAGUGUCCCUUUAAGGAUAGUACAAACUCACAUUAUCAUGGCGAUUCUUUGCACUCAAGUCCUGAUUAUAACGAACACAGCUAUCAAACGUCGAUGUUUUAUCAGCUUAAACAGUCAAAUGCAUGCUAACUGUAAUAACAUUCACCAAAACAAAUCUGUACUUUAGAAUGUAUAUAUGUAUUCUUAACAUAUUUGUUGAAAACAUGGAAUUUAUGUUUAAUUGACAGUCUGUAAUUCUUCCAGCGGACCUUCUAGAGCAAUAUUUCCAUAACCAGUCCCGAAGACCCACCAGCAGCCCAGGUUUUGUCUGUAUCUCCAUUGGAAUAAAACAGGGAAAUACGUCAAUCCUGGACUGUUGGUGGGCCGUGAGGACGGGUUUGGAACCCCUGUUCUACAGGAUUAAAUAACUGAACAGCAAAUAUUUGCUUCAAAGACCAAGUUCUAUUUUAACGUUGAUUAUUUAUAUUGUAAAACCUUUAUAACCACUAAUGCUUAUAAUGUGGCUUGGUUUUAUACGAAAUGUAAAACAUAUAAUUCAUUGGGGGAUGUGGAAAGAGAUUUCAGUUCGACCCUAACCAUCUGAUUAUGUCUAGGGAGAUCUGAAAGGCUACCUGCAGAGCUGUGCAGCCACUGAGUCCACUGCCCCCGACCCCCUGACACUACAGAGGAUGGGCUGUGAGGUUUGCUCUGGUCUGCUGCACUUACACAAGAAUAACUACACCCACAGGUAAGAAAGAGGGAUGAUGUUGGGUGAGGUAGGUCCAUGAUCCUGUGUUACAUCUCUCUAGCAAUCAAUACAUUUCUAGAAGCGAUUACUUGUGUCAUUUAGCAUAGUGACUUCUGAUGUACGACCCUCCUUCUCCACGUGUCUGAUAAAGUUCCUUCCCCUCCUGGAGCCUCAGCAUUUUAUCCCUGUCACCUGCUCCCCUCGCCACUUACUCCAGAUACACAUCUCUGGGCGCCUCUCUCGGUUUGUCCCCUGGAACAAUAUCCUGAUGCUGAAUGAGUGGGACAUAGAAGCUCCAGCAUCAGUGAUUUUGUUGCAGGCGGCACUCACAGCUCCUGGUCCCACGGAUGGAAGCGUGCACCCGUCAUCUGACACCCGUCACGUCAGCGAUCUCUGUCCAUGUAUCUGUUGUCACCAAGCCACAUCCAUUCACCAAGCCCUGGACACUCUCUGAUACUCUUCAACCAGUCUCUAAAGUCGUAUCUCUCUUCUGUGUGCUAAGUAGAUCGUUUGUAUUCUGUCCUAACUUCGACGGACGGGUUCUCUGUCUUUUUCAUUUCUCCUUGCCUUUCCCUGCUUUUUUUUGUUCUAUAUUUCACAUUUUCACUUGUGUUUAGUUUAGAAAUACCAUUGAAAAUAACAGAAUACUGCUACCAAUAAGGGGCAUUCUGUAAGGUGGGUCUGUUCAUCAAGGUGACAGAGGGGAUUAAUGAGGUUUCAGUUAGAGGAAAUGUCUUUGAUAAGACUUGUUUAUUAAUACAAUGCUGUACAAAUCGGAUUUUUUAAGGCAGCAGACACACACAUUGCUUUGUGUUAUAUACAAGCUAAUUAUCGUAUAAUUAUUAAACCAUAACAUAACGUAGAGGAUCAUGGCCCCUAGGGAACCAGCUGGACCUCCAUGCAGUCAGCAAUUAACAUCAAUGAUAAUAAAUCACUAUUAUCUCUCAAUCUAACAAUCGGUCCGUAUCCCUGACAGUCCUUUUUGCACAUUUUAUUUCUUAGCCGUCUCCAUUUUGACCCUUAAAGUUCUUCUUAGCUUCAGCCGAGGUCCAUAGCACAUGAAUGGCUUUAGGGGGGAAUCUUGUCUAUGUGUACCACAAUAACAGCUUUUUGAUUGAUGCUACUCACUAAAAUACCCUUUAAAACCUCUGUUAAUCACUAAACAUUAUAGUUUUGUCUUUUGUAAGAUUCUUUGAAACAGAAAAAAGUAAAAUGCAAUUUAUUGAUACAGUGUAGCAAUGCAGAAGUAGAUCUGAUACUAUAUUUAUCAGAAACGUGAUGGUAGGCCCUCUUAUCGCAUAGUGACUGGUGAAGGUGACUGGGACUUUUUUGCUCGUUAUGGUUUAUGUUUCCCUCCUAAAACUGAUUGAUUUCUGUUCAUGUUUAAAUCAUGCAGUGAUACACAGGCUUUCCAUUUGCACUAUAUAUAUAUAUAUAUAUAUAUAUAUAUAAAUGUUUUUAUCCGUUAUACAGCUUUUGUCAAACUUAAGUAAUUAAACAUUGUUUUGUGAGGCUCAGAAACAUUAUAUUUGAAGUUUGGAUUCAUAAUUUGGCUCCUCCUAAAUAAAUAAAUGAGCAGGGGUCCCUGAGACUCCCAAGAACUGGGACAGGUCUGGGGGGUUCAGGACCUUAAAGGUGUGGAUUUUCUUGGCAUUAAACAGGAAAACUGUAGAAUGAACUCCCCUCUUCCCAAACUCUGUGUGGCGUGGAGUGAGGUGUUAAUAAUCAGGUCCAAUCCUUCCUUCGUCAUCUUCAUCAGUGCACGGGAUUGGACAGUAACAUCUAAUGAUUGAAUCCUCGAUACCAAUAAAAAUAAUCACCAAUAUGAAAUAUAAAAUAUUGAGCUCAGAACGGAAGCUUUGAAGCCUAGAGCAACUAUUAAAAUAAACAGAGACACAGGAAUAGAAUCCGUACCUGCGAGCAGAGUAAAGAAUGAGGAUAUACAGGUAUCUCGCUCGCGCAUAUCUGUAGAUCAGCUCCUAUCAGUCCAUUAAUGACUGCAGCACAUGCAGAGUGGAGUAAAACCACUUGAUCGAAGAUCUAUGAUGGCCCAAUGCCCUGCGGUGGUAGGGCUGAGGAGGGGGAUUUCUAUUUUAUAACCACAGUCACACAAAUAAGUACUAUGAAUGGUUAGUAAUGAGUCCCUUGUGACUUUGGUGAACCCCAGAUCUUCACCUAGUAGCUGUACGAGCUGUUCGCUGGUUUUGUUAGACAAUCAGUUCUGCCUGGCAACCUGUGUUGUCUGUGUUGCGCAUGUGCGGUCUCUGCACACGUUAGUGGACUUAACCAAGAUAAUAGGAGACAUUUAAUCAGGCAAAACAAAAUACUAAAAUUAUUGACCACUGGCUUAAAACAAAAUCAACAAAAUAGUGGGUUGUCUGUGUGCCCAGAAGAUAAACUCUUUUUAAUGCAGAUAUUAAGGUAAAGGCAUGUCACAUAGCCCUCAGUUGAUCUUUAAAGAGUGAAAAAUGGAGGAACGCUGCAAAAAAUAAUAAUAAUACCAAAUGCAGUCAUUUUCUUAUUUUCUGUUGAGUAGUCCAUUAUGUGUGAAAUGACAUUGUAUUUUUGCCUGGUAAUAUCUGCUGGUAUUAAUUUAUUUAUGACUAGAUUUAUUAUGUACAUUAGAUGUGUACAUUCUUUGUAUCUGUGAAUAAGAAAGAGCUAAUCAGUAAUACAAACUAUGAUAAGAGACAAUGGGAGCACUUACUGUCCCUGUUUUCACCCAUUUCACUCGUGUAAAAAAGAGAAUCACAGGAAAGAUCAAUGGGACAGAUAGUCAAAAUGAUUACCUACUGCUCUGACCGAUUUCGCUACAGAAUUUUACAGUAAAAUGUGGGACUUUGCUAUCAAUCAAUCAAUAUAUGUCGGGAGAAUGGGCAGACGGUUUGGGUUUAUUAUUAUUAUUGCCAUUUAUAUAGCGCUAACAGAUUCCGUAGCGCUUUACAAUAUUAUGAGAGGGGGGAUUUAACUAUAAAUAGGACAAUUACAAAGAACUUACAGAAACGAUAGGUUGAAGAGGACCCUGCUCAAACUAUAGUUACAUUCUAUAGGAGGUGGGGUAAAAAAACACAAUAGGACAGGAAUUUGCAGUCAAAUAAGGUGGGCUGCUCUUUAGGAGAGAGCAAGAGACAGGUAUGUGAGGUAGAGGUUACUCUGGGAGGCCAUAAGCUUUCCUAAAAAGAUGGGUUUUAAGGCACUUCUUAAAAGAUGCAAGACUAGGGGAGAGUCUGAUGGCGGUAGGCAGGCUAGUCUAUAGGAAGGGAGCCACCCGCGAGAAGUCCUGCAAGCCUGAGUUGGCCGUACGGGUGCGAACAACGGACAGGAGGUAGUCACGGGCAGAGCGGAGAGACCGAGAAGGGACAUACCUGUGGAUCUGUGAGGAGAUAUGAGGGUCUAGAAUUGGUCAGUGCUUUAUAGGUGUAAAUUAGUGCCUUGAAUUGACUCCUAUAGGAUACAGGAAGCCAAUGUAAGGCCUGACAGAGGGGUGAGGUGUGAGAGAACUGACUAGAGAGGAAAAUCAGCCUGGCAGCAGCGUUCAUUAUGGACUGUAGCGGUGCAGUACGGCUUUUGGGAAGACCAAUCUAGAGCAUGGACAAGCUCCUUGGUAGCAUCUUGCGUAAUAAAGGGGCGGAUGCGGGCUAUGUUUUUAAGAUGGAAUCUACAGGAUUUGGGGAGAAUGGGCAGACUGUUUGGGUUUAGCAGGCAGUGUGUCGGGGAGAAUGGGCAGACAGGGUUUAGCGGGCAGUGUGUUGGGGAGAAUGGGCAGGCUGUUUGGGUUUAGUGGGCGGUGGGUCGGGGAGAAUGGGCAGAUUGUUUGGGUUUAGCGGGCAGUGUGUUGGGGAGAAUGGUCAGAUUGGGUUUAGCGGGCGGUGUGUCGGGGAGAAUGGGCAGACUGUUUGGGUUUAGCAGCAGUGUGUCAAGGAGAAUGGGCAGACUGUUUGGGUUCAGCUGACAGUAUGUUGGGGAGAAUAGGCAGACAGUUUGGGUUUAGCGGGCGGUGUGUCGGGGAGAAUGGGCAGAUUGGGUUUAGCGGGCAGUGUGUCGGGGAGAAUGGGCAGGUUGUUUGGGUUUAGCGGGCAGUGUGUCAGGGAGAAUGGGCAGACUGUUUGGGUUUAGCGGGCGGUGUGUUGGGGAGAAUGGGCAGAUUGUUUGGGUUUAGCGGGCAGUGUGUCAGAAAAUGGGCAGACUGUUUGGGUUUAGCGGGCAGCGUGUUGGGGAGAAUGGGCAGACUGUUUGGGUUUAGCGGGCAGUGUGUCGAGGAGAAUGGGCAGACUGUUUGGGUUUAGCGGGCAGUGUGUCGGGGAGAAUUGACAGAGUUUUAGAUUAAACACAUUAUAUUUAUGUUAAGGAAACUCUCUUGGGUUUAUUCACUAAAUCAUACAUUGUAAGGAAUUUCAAAAGUUUGUCCAGAAAAUCUGACUUGGAAAAAUUUUCCAACUUUGCUUCAGUCACAGCUGGGCUAUUUCUGAUUUAUAGAUGCUUAAAAACCUGCAAUAAUUAAAAAACAAGCAAACAACUCCCUGUGUCUGGUGUCUGUUUAGAAGUAAAUGCAUAGAAAAAUCUGAGUGUGUGUAGAGCUCUGGUAAUGAAUGGGUUAAUGCACUCCACGUUGUGAACGCCUGGGUUGCCAAGCUGCAGAGAGUCCACCAUCUUAACCUAGCCAGACACAGGUGAGGCCAGGACGUAUCGCUUUGCUCUUAAUUACACAGUCAUUGCGAGCCGCUGGCACAGACAGCAGGGAACAUGCUUUUGUGUGUUGAAAGGCUUGGCGUGCCAUGGGGCAGAAGAUGGUCUAGGACAGACUGUUCCAGGAUAUUUGUCUUGGGACGGUGUACUCGGAGAUGAACAUCCCAGCCUGCAAACAAAAUAAAAUCCUGCCGUCAGAGGGAGAGAGAGAUCCUUCUAAUCUACUAUGGCUGCGGAGCCGUAAUAUGAAAAGACUUGUAGUUGCCUAGGUUAUAAGUGGAUUAUACUGUCAGGGCUAAAUGGGGGGGCGGGCUACUUACAGCCCCUUUCCUGCAAUGUGACUCAGAAUUCCUUUUUGUUUUUGUGCGUAUCUCAAACGGUUAGAAAGAGCAAUCGUCCUGUAUUAAUAUAUGUCUGUUAGGAACCUCUCCGUAAUCAAAUCUAAUUCUGCCUCUCCCCCCUUGCUGUGCUUAGUGACCUUGCUCUGAGAAACUGCCUCCUAACUGCUGAUCUGACUGUGAAAAUUGGUGACUACGGGUUGGCACAUUCCAAGUACCGGGUAAGCACAGCGCUGUGGAAUAUGUUGGAGCUAUACAAAAUUAUUACUCUUGAUUUGUAAUGCACCUUAGCAGUAAGGGUACUCAGUUUACUGAGUAGCUGUGUGCAAGCACAGGCAAAUGCACUUGUGGUUAGGUUUCAAAUUCCAUCAGCCUCAGCUUUACAUGGCUUGCUGUACCUGGUAGGAGCUACAGUGCCAGAAGGGAAAGGGAUUCUGCUCCUUCUGGCACUACAACAAUUGUAGCGUCAAGUUGUGCGUCACAUCAUGUUUUGUAUGACAUUGCUUGCUGUAUUAAGACAUUAUAUCAGUCCUGAGAUAUUUAGAUAUAGAACUAGCAGUUUGUUGAAAGCGUAGUGUGUACAUGGAGCAGCCUCCAUGCAGAGUUGUAAGCUGCUUGGUCCCAAACAUUAUUGUGUGAAUGUAAGAGAGGCUCUAAUCCUUCAAGCUGGUGUUUAGGAGAAGAGCAGAUUGGGGGCUGUUGAAUCCUGCAUUUGCGUAAAUGAUGGGAUUAACCUUGUCACAUCCCUGCUUGCUACCUUUUUCCAUGUCACUUGUACUGCUCUCCGAGUGCCUGGUACAGUCUACCUGCUGUGUGUACAGCACUGUCACUCACUGCAUCUUUCUUAGUAAAUAGAAUGCUGCAAGUAAAGAUGUGAGUACCAGCCAUACAGCAAUCAGUUUAACCUAUCAUUCUGCAUUCCUCGGCCUUUUAUCGAUGCCAAGCAGUGCUGCCCAUGGGUAGUGGGGUUUACCAUCCUUCCUGUUACUAUGUUACACACAUUCUGCAGUUUGUAACCAAACACCUUGGCACUGUGCCAGCUGUCCCCGGUCGGUGCCAAAGUAGGCACUGAGCUUGCCCGUAUUAAACAGAGUAAAGGGGGAACUAGGCACUCUCCAAGUUCAGAGCACGUCUCUGCCCCAAGGGGGAGGAGGGGACUUUCUAACCUCUCUCCGUCAGGGUGACUCAGACGUCUGCUGAUCUUCAGGGAGGGGGGAGAGGAAGCGGCAGGGGAGCUUGUAGCUGAAGCUGAGCAACUAGCUGUGUUUAUGCCUGGCAGGAUGAUUACCUCGUAACAUCGGACCAGCUGUGGGUGCCACUGCGCUGGAUCGCGCCAGAACUCAUCGACGAGGUACAUGGGAACCUACUUGUGGUGGACCAGACCAAAACAAGCAAUAUCUGGUGAGAAUAACCUUGUAUUUCCUUCUCUCUUCUCUUCAGUUGUUGGUGCGUAACCUGCUGUCAUGUUCUCUCAAUGUCUGUCUCUUUUAUGUAAAUUGUGGCAGAAAGCAUGUUUGUUUGUUAGGUUUUUUUCUUUCUAUUCUGACCCUCCACAAUGGGCUCUCACAUUAAUGCAUUUCUGCGCAGAUAAAUGCAGCUUUUAACUUUAUUCCUUAUAAUGUUUAUAUUCUGAAAGCUGCACUUAAGCUGUGCUGUGGGUUUGUAAAUACCAGCUGGCAGUAAUGAGGGAUCGGCUCAGGAAGAUGUAGGGUGUGGUUCCGAGGUAUAGGACCCAAACAGCCACGUUAACGGCCGGGCGAGAAUGCCUUAGCCUCACCACCUGCACAGUGAUGUCUUAUAGAGACCUCUGACUUUAGGAGGCUAAGAAAGUCAGCACCAUUCACAAUAUACAGUAAUCCGGCUAAUGCUGCAGCCAGUAUUAAAUAUAGAUAUUGUAAGGCGGCAGGAUGGGGGGUGGGUGAUCUGGGUCCAUUGGAAGCAAGGUAAAUAAAGAAUUGAGUGUGACAUUGAAUCAUGGGAGCGAGAAGCUCAGGGUGAGUGAUUCAUGUUGGUUGAAACAAGAGAAGAUUGAGUGACCUGUGAAUGAUCAGACAGUUCCGUGGAUGAAUGCACAAUCGGACACUAAUGGGGGGGGUCAGGUUUAUGUUUCAUGGUUACGAUACAGAUGUAGACAUUCCGUAAGUUGUAUCAUUAUGAGGUCUCUUCUGUUUGGCCCCACGAAUAGGACAUUGCUUGGAUGUGCUUUACCCCACAGUAACUAUUCCCUUUACCUUCGCAGGUCGCUUGGCGUUACUUUGUGGGAACUUUUUGAGUUGGGUCGUCAGCCAUACGAAGAGUACUCGGACCGGCAGGUUCUGUGCUAUGUUAUCAAGGAACAGCAGCUUAAACUACCUAAGCCUCAGCUCAAGCAGCUGCUUUCAGACCGAUGGUGAGUAACGAGUACCCAUCAUAGACUGGGAGCUGGCAGCUGGCCACGGAAACUGGACUUAGUUUCAAGCUAUUUGUUCUAAUAACAUUUUUGUUAAUUUAUAAAGGAAUUAAUCGAUUCCAAAUCGAUCUCACCUGUACAUUCAACAGGUGAAACAAUUCAAUUCGUUCGACAAUUUCCAAAAAUGUUAUUUGGACACGUUCCUUAAAAUGCAUUUUUACACCCGACUCAUGACAACUACUGACACCACUCUGAUCUGGGAAAACGCUAUCCUUCUGGGCAUUGUUGGACUACAAGUUCCAUCAUCACUGAAGAAUUUGAAGUUUAACAACAGUUUAAGUUUCAUUACGUUGACUUUUAAACUGUUUUUUUUACUUUAAAGAGGAGACAGGUUAAUUUGUUAUUCCAGACAUCCACACGGGGGAUUAGUUAGCAAAAAUAUAUGUAUUUUUUUUAAGUUGUGUUCAGCGCAGCUCUAUCACAGCAAUAUAACACGAGGCUUGCAUGCAGACAGGUGAUUUGCCAGAGGCACACGGCAGAUUAUAAAAUACCUUUAUUAUUAUUUAACAGAAGCUAAAGGUAGAAAAACAUUGCACUUUAAGUAGCUAUUUGGCUGCUGACGGUUCUAUUAUUUUCCUGAAAUGAGAUAUGUACAGGAGCAUUGAGAGAAUGCGAAUAGUGUCUGUUGAUUGUUUCCGCGCACACCACCUCACUUUACAGCUGUGACGCAGUGCUAAGCAUUAUAGCGUAUCUAUAAUUAAAGAUACACGCAGCUUUACACUGCGCAGGCAUCCACCAAAUUAAAAACACAAUUCUUCCAUCUGUUUGCAGGACACCGCAGACUAAUUCCUUAUUAAGUGACAGGGAAAUUGCAAAUGUAAUUAAAAAAAAAAAUGUUGUAGAUUCGUAAAUUUUUUUUUUUUUACCUGUAAUGUAUAAUCCCCCUGCCAAUUAUCCAAAAUUUCUGAUUUGGUGAAUAAUCCUCUUUGUUUUUUAAGAAUAUGUUCAGCAAUCUAAUUCCAAUCAAACAUGGAUCACACAACAAACUUACAGCUUGGAUGGAUGGAUAGAUUUACUGUCGUUAAAUGAUAUCACAGAGAAACUGGCCUUUACCAUGUAAUCGGUUCUUAUUCUUUGCAUGUUUACCAGAAGGAAAAAACAAACACAUUGGGAUUUAACUGUAAAGACAUACGUUGUACACUAUAGGUUUAUUAGCUUGGAAAAGAGCACACUGGGGAUUUAACGCAGAGAAACACAUCGGAAAUAUCACUGUAGAGCUACCUGUGCAAAGAGCAGGGAUUUCACACCAGAGAAUUCCUUCUUCGUGACGACUUACUUACUGAUUGUGUCUGUGAUUGCAGGUUCGAGGUGAUGCAGUUCUGCUGGCUUCAGCCUGAUCAAAGACCCACGGCCGAGGAGGUCCACCUUCUGCUUUCUUACUUAAGCGUGAAGGGAGCCAGCGAACUGGAGGAGGAGUUUGAGAAGCGCUGGAACUCCAUGAAGCCCAAUGGUGGAGCUGGUAGUGGAGGACAUCAUGAGUCUGAACUUUCCUCUUACCCUCUGCUGGAGCAUUUCUCUUCAGAUGGAUUCCAUUCGGAUGGUGAUGAUGUAUUAACAGUUACCCAGACCAGUCAGGGGCUCAACUUUGAGUAUAAGUGGGAACGAGGGAGACAUGAGCAGUACCCACUGAGUCCAGGGUGCCCACCCUACCAAGAUAUGUACUAUACACCAAGCACAGGGGACAGACUGAGCUUGGGUGUUUCUCCAUCGUGUUACGAGAACAAAGAAUGCAUUUCCAGCUCUCGACCUCUUGAAGUGGUACCUGUUCUAAGUGCCCGUAGCCCUUCAGUUGCUGGAGACUAUUAUAUUCGUAUUGAGGAGCCAGUGAACAGCAGCCUUCCUCAACAUGACAUUUCACCAAAUGGGGGGCUAUCUGUAAAAGAUAAGGGGGGUUGUGAAAGAAACGGUUCCUUUGGAAAUAGCCCUUCUAUUUCAUUGUCCAUGGAGCCUCUCCUGGGACAAGCCAUGUGUUCUGCUGCAGGUGAUCAGGAACCAGCCAGUGAGCACAGUGAACAGAACUACGAACCUUUUGGAGAAGCUGGGUCACAAGAGAAGCUUCAUGUUGACCCAUUGGAGGCAGAGAGUUGUGAAGCUGGUGGAUUCAUUGACCCUCUUGGGGCUUCACCAUGUCUGAGCCAACUGUGCCAGGCUCGUUUGGACACUGCAAAGUUGGCACUUGUAGACAGAUCAGAAACUGAAGAGAAACGGCAGAAAGAAUGCAGCUCAAAUCUAGAUUCUAUCACAGUACAAAACGAAGAAGUAAGCCCACAUACUGAUAUUCAGGGAGAACUGUUUGGGAUGACUUCUCGGCUCACUAACUUUUCCCCACACUGGGCGUCAAAUGCCUCGUCCAACAAUAACAUCUCCAGUGCACCACAAGGCCACAAUGCUGACACAUGGUGCAACCGCCGCACUGAGGAAUCCCAACUGGCAGACACUGAGCCAUAUGGUCCUGAAUCCUGGCAGAACAUGGAGUCUAGUGAUAUCGAAAAUGUCAGUCCUUCACUUGAAGAAACAAGUGACCAAUUAUCAAACGGUGAGGUGACUGAUUUUGGGCAGGAAUGCUCAGUAUGGCUGGACCGACAACAUGACACUGAAGCUUCUCCUUCUACAGCAGAAGCUGGGCAGAUUGAAUCUAGCACUUUCUGUGUAGAACACACAGAUGUUUCAUUGCUUUCUCCAAUGAAUGCAGUCAAAGACUUGAAUCAAGGCAUGGAUCCGCUUGGUGCUACUUUAUUAUGGCUCUGUGAGCCUCGUAUUUUGCCGGAACCUACACACACCAUUGACAUCUCAGAACAGGGAGUUUCGGUUCCCUUCCCUCAAGGAUUAUGUCCAAACAUUUCAUCAGAGGGGAUAAAUGAUCUGUGUAUUUCACCCAGCAAAGAAAGUGAAACCCCAGAUAAACCUCCUCUCACAGACUCCUAUCAUAUACAGAGUGACAGUGACGAUGAGGACACAAUGGAAGUGACUUCCGGAGUCUUCACUGACUUGUCCAAUGAGAGAGGUGACACAGUUCAAUCCUUUAGAUCUUUGCAGAAGCAGGUAGGGACCCCAGAUUCCUUGGAUUCCUUAGACAUGCCGUCAACUGCAAGCUCCUGUGAAGCCUUCAGCCUUGGAUCCUAUGCUCCAUGUGGGCAGCCCAAAGCUCUAGACAGUGGAUAUGACACUGAAAAUUACGAGUCCCCAGAAUUUGUGCAAAAGGAACCGCAGGACAGCAGGGAUACCGAGCCUUAUUAUCAACUAAGUCAAUCCCAAGAACAUGGUUUGGGUCCUGGAGAAAUGUCAAUUUCACGGUCAGUAAGCAGUGAAUUACAAAGUCUGGAUGCCAAAAACCCUUACAGAGACUCGGCAUACUUCUCAGACUACGAGUCUUCUACAAAGGAUGAGGACGAGGAAGGAAAAGAUCAGGAAGUGGAAGAAGUACACAAAGAAUGUCCUGGUGAUCCAACAAGCGUUAACCUGGAGUUACAGCCUCUAGACUGCCAUUUAGCAGAAAGUUUUCCUUAUUCCAAAACUGAACUAAAAAGUGAUGUUACAGUCACCGAAAGCCAGUGUUCCCUGGGGACUUUGUCACCUCUACUACCAUCUCCUGUGCCAAAAGAUCAUUCACUUUUGCAGCCUGACUCUUUAGUUAGAGAGGAUUCUGUAGAUGAAGGCUUAGGCAUGGAAUCCCUCAAAGAAUCUUCUUUGGAUAAGGCACCCAGUCCCCAAUCAACGGUAGAGUCUGCCCCUCACAGUACCUUCACAUUGUCCCCUGUGCAGAUUUCCUUGACCAAAGGAUGUUCUGUCAAACAAGGGGCAUCAGGCAUUAUUACCCUCACCACUGGGCUACAAGAAGAAAAGGCGAUAUCUUUACACAGAGAAGCCCACGGAGCCACCCAUCUUUCAAAAUGCCUCUCUCCUCCACUUCCUCGAAAGGAGGGCCGGAUUGGUGAGUCUCCAACUAUAGAAGAUGAGGAUGAGGAUGAAGAAAGUGAUGACAGUGAUGAAUCAGAUGAAGAGCUUCGCUGCUAUAACAUCCAGGAACACAGUGAGGAGAGCGAGGAGGAACACGGGGCUGUGCCUAUAAUCAUCACUGAAAAUGGCAGCUCUGGGCACCUCCGCAGCCUUCUAAAGCUGCCCAACUUUGUGCCCCAGACCCACUGUCCAGAGGUCGAUCGGAAAAAGAAAGCAGUCUCUUUCUACGAUGACGUCACUGUCUACUUGUUUGAUCAGGUUAGUUCAUUAUUAAAGGUAGAUGACCAACGUAUGAUUGUAUCUCUGUAUGUUAAACUUUUAAACAAAUCUUCAUUUUUAGAUGCUUUUGCUUUUACAAGCAGUUAAACAAGAGAUUGAUAAUCAGUGUAACUUCCCAGGAAUACUAGGAAUACUAUGUAACUUAUCUAUAAAAAAUAGAAUUAAAUUUAGAAAUUCUCAUCCUACAUCUGGGCACCUCCAUCUUAGCUCCCUGGAGUCAAUCAUUGUUAGAAGCUCCACCAUUUGUACCUGUCAGUUAGCACAGAGAGAGCAGACACAAUGUUUCUUUUCCUCCUUCAAGAUCCCCAGAAAUCAGUAAGUCACAGGAGAAGGGAAGGAGAGGUCCCCAGAAAUCAGUAAGUCAGAGGAGGAGAGGUCCCCAAAAAUCAGUAAGUCCUGGGGAAGAGAGGUCCCCAGAAACCAGUAAGUCGUGGGGAAGAGAGGUUCCUAGAAACCAGUAAGUCAGAGGAGAAGGGGAGGAGAGGUCCCCAGAAAUCAGUAAGUCAGCGGGGAAGAGAUGUCCCCAGAAAUGCUCCAACAUGCUCGUUCAACAUGCUCAAAUAUCUGUCUGUCUAUCAACUUUUUAACUCUUACUGUGUUCUACGUUUGUGUUUAGGAGAGUCCGACCAGGGAACUGGCAGAACAGGAUUUCCCCAACACAACUCCAGAUAACGGGCCCAGCGCUGCACAGAGAGCGGGGGAGCAGAGCCCACACAAGGAAACAGUAGACCCCCACCUUUUAGAAGAGAGUAAGUUCAACCUGUACCUUACUAGUAUAAAUACACAAAAAUAAGUCCUGCACUUAAACUCCCACUACCCCUGGGUGGCAGUAUCCUACUAGCACUCUUAUAGCAAGUCAUUACAUUCCCAUGUCAAAGCGUGGCCUGGGAUCGCACAGGAAACAAGUAAAUGUUUUAUCUAAUUGUGUAGCUCGAGGCCUGGUCUGGGGUUAACACAGAGAGGUCUGUAAAGUAUGAUGGGAAGUGCCACAUUGCUCACUCCAUACGGUUUCCUUGUUUGCAGGUGGAACAUUACAAUGGGACUCUGACUUGCCCGUCACACCCGUGAAAACCGUAUUUGUCACCUCACUGUCGCCAGCUAUGCUGAGUUCCGAAGUGCACAGCCUCCCUGUCCCUGUUCCCCUCCAAAAACCAGCGCCAUCUGUGCAACUCUCCAGGUUUAGUGUGUCUCCAACCCCCCCGUCCCGCUUCUCCAUUACACAAGUGGCUGAUUCUGACGUGAGCUCUGUACAAGGUGAGGAAUAUUAUCUGAGUGCCAUAUACAAUGAACCGAGCCGAUAUUGCAGAAUUUCAUAGAAUAUCUUUGCUCAAGUUGUUUCAUUCUCUGUGCCAAUAUGUCUAUACAUAUAAUAUGGCUGUGUGUGUUAUUUUGUUGUGUGUGUGUGUAUAUAUAGAUAAUGCAUGUCUGUGUAUCUAUAUAAUGUGUGUGAGUGUGUAUAUAACGCGCGUGUGUAUCUCUAUAGUGUGUGUGUGUGUGUGUGUAUAUAUAUAUAUGUGUGUGUAUAUAGUGCGUGUGUUUGUGUAUAUAUAUUUAUAUAUAAUGUGUGUGUGUGUGUGUGUGUAUCUAUAUAAUGUGUGUUUGUGUAUAUAUAUGUAUAUAAUGCGUGUGUGUAUCUAUAUAAUGUGUGUGUGUGUGUGUAUAUAUAAAUAUAAUGCGUGUGCGUGUAUCUAUAUAAUUUGUGUGUGUGUGUAUAUAUUAAUAUAAUGCGUGUGUGUGUAUCUAUAUAAUUUGUGUGUGUGUGUGUGUAUAUAUAUUUGUGCUCGGAAUUUAAUACGUAAUGGAAUGUAGAAGGGGAAGCAAAGUUGGUUUAGGUGUGCCGAAACCAACAUACGAGUAGGCCUGUAAAAGAGGGCCCACAAAGGUGAAUUGUUAAUAUAGAUGGGUGUAGGUUGGUGGGGACAAACGGCUUGCAAGACAAAGGUAAGUAGGGGGGUAGGGUUUAUAUAGGAUCAUAACUCCACCCACAAAUUCAGGCCAAAUGGCCUUCCAACUUGUGCUCGGAAUUUAUCUAAUACGUAAUGGAAUGUAGAAGGGGAAGCAAAGUUGGUUGAGGUGUGCCGAAACCAAUGUACAUGUAGGCCUGUAAUAAAAAGAGGGCAAAAAGAGGAUUCAGAGUAAACACACUUUAUUGCAAGAUUUCUGAAAACUUGUCGAAGCUCCCUCUCUGGUCGAGGUAUAUAAGUAUUGUAAAUUGAGGAUUUGCAGUGUCCUAGUCUCUUAAUGAUGUGGACUGGGGUAUUAGAGCUUGAAGCUGAUGAUGCUGCGCCUAUACGAAAUGAGUGACCAGAGAAGGAAGCUGGGUUGUAGCCCAACCUUGAUAGUAGGGUUCUGACAUGAGAAAUGAAUUUAGCUGUGGUGAGUGGGUGCCCUUGGAGUAGUAAUAGUGGAGUUUCUGGUGAGUGCGUGUGGUGAGGCAACAGGAGUAUAUCCAGUAUAUUUACUGGACACCAAAGAUUCUCGGUAGGGAAGAGGGGAAUGAUAGUUGGAUAAGCAGUGUGAUUGGUUUUGGUAGAAGGUAAUGAAAGAAUGUAGUGGUCUUCUACUUUCUUUAGGUGAGAAAGUUUAAGGCAUAGAGCAGUAUCUCCUUGACGUUUGACUGUGAUACUGUAGAAAGACUAUGUAGACUAGGUCUGAGGAAACCGUAGAAAGCCAAAAAGAUGGGCGGAUUUAAUGACCAGAUUUGUAUUACGGUCAAAUGGGGAUUUGUCCAGUAGGUCGCUUAGAAGCCUAAAUAUGGGCCCAUCUAUCAGUAAUCUGGUAGUGCCAGGGGGAACUGUAACCUUAUAAAUACCCUUGAGAAUUUUCUUGAUAGGGUAGGAAGUUAAGAAAGGUGCGUGAUUAGGGAAGGUUGGGAGGACAUGGUGUUGUACCCCGGUAAGGUAGAGUUUAAUGGUAUUGUGUGAUAAUUUAAGGUGUAGGUGACAGAAGGAGGCAAAAGCCACCAUAGUUUUAAUGGAAACGUCUCCUUGUAAGUAAAACUCUGCAGUGAAUUUGUUAAAAAUAGUCAGUGCCCUAGCGUAAGUGAUAGUGGUGUUGGGUGAAAAAGCUUAAUCCAGGAUUAGCUCGUGGUACGGUGGUGGUAUCCUGGAUGGUAGAUGGUGGGCCUAAGGGGGUGCCUGGAAGAAGACCUGAAAUUGAGAGCGUGAAAGAGCGUCAGCAGCUGUGUUAUGGACACCAGGGAUAUGAAACAAUGUGAAUGUUUCUCUAAAGGCUGGCAAGGCAUCCGUCUCAGUGGGCCAGUAAUCCCUAACCAGUGGUUGCCAAAAUGGCUGCGAACCCUGUGUGUGCUGCUGUGUCUGUUUAAAUUGUGGGUGAGAGCUCUGAAAGUGGUGGAAUGAACAAAGAGACCCUGUACCAUUAGGCCUGGAAUCUACUCCACGUGUGUAAACCUGCCCUGGCCGGAUCGUCCUGAAUGAUUGGGCAGGAGUCGGGCUCCCCAUGGAGCGAAAGAAGUAGCUUAGAGACAAAAAGACCCACCCCGUGGAAUGAUAUGUAUCGCUAAGACAAGGGACCCCAGUGAGGACUAAAGUCCCUACCCUGCACACGCAACACUCUGUAGGAACAGGACAACUUCGUCCCUAAUGUGAGUCAGUUUCUCUGGUGGUAGGCUGGCUUGAAAAGUUGUGGUGUCUAAGACUAUGCCCAAGAAAACGAGCUUGGUAGAGGGACCAAGCAUUUGCUUGGUGACAGAGGGACCCUGAGUGUAAUGAAAAGGGAUGUGAAGCUGUGACUACUGCUGGGUGUAUGUGAGCCUGGUACAAGCAACAAAAACCGUCCAGAUAGUGGUUAACUGACGGACACCUGAUUAUGUUUAGGAGCAGCCCGCAGAUGGUUUCUGUGAUGAUGUCAAAUAACUUUGGGCUGCUCCUAGACCUGAACGUGAGCCGGGUAGAGAAAAAAUACUUAUCCCUCCAUUUAACACCGUACAAGUGCCGUAGUGAAGGGUGAAUGGAUAGCAGUUUAAAGGCGCUGGUUAUACCUGUCUUGCUUAACCAUGCCUUACUACCUGCUGAGAUAGUAGCUUGCAUGGCGUCGUCAAUUUUGGCAUAUUACCAGGGCCGGAUUAACAUAGGGGCUGAUGGAGCUGCAGCUCCAGGCCCAGGCCCAUGGAAUAGGCCCAUUGAUUUAAAAAAAAAAAAAAAAUUAAAAAAAAUUUUUUUUUUUUUCACACUACUCUUAGGGAUUCCAUCUGGCUUUUAUUUUAUUGGCACAGCCAGUAUUUGGGGCUGCCUGGCGGUGCCAAUAUUGCAGUUAUACUGGCAAUACAAAUGCUGGUAUUUUUUAUCAGUAUAAACAAGAGAUUACUCUGCAAUACCAGCACUGGCCAGUAGGGGUCGCUGUGUGUGGAGACAGGCAGGGAUAGGAAGUUCCAGCAUAUCUCUCCCUGCCUAUCUAUACUCACUGCUCUGCAGGGGUGCAGCUACAGAGAGUCCAGACAGCAACUCCCACCCUGCAGAGACAGCCUACAGCUCAGGGAAGUAAGGGAUGGGGGAAAGGCUGCAAGGAGACAUAUACUGAGACACUAAGGGACACUGGGAGACAAUAUGGCAGACACUGAGACACUAAGGGACACUGGGAGACAUUAUGGCAGACACUGAGACACUAAGGGACACUGGGAGACAUUAUGGCAGACACUGAGACACUAAGGGACACUGGGAGACAAUAUGGCAGACACUGACACACUAAGGGACACUGGGAGACAUUAUGGCAGACACUAAGGGACACUGGGAGACAUGGGUCACUGAGACACUGAUACAUAGGAACACAGACCUGGAGUAAUCGACACAUGGGGGCACUGAGUCAUGAGGGCACUGGGAGACAUGGGGGCACUGGGAGGAAUCCAUCUAUACAGCAGAAUCAAACUAAGUAGUUUUUUGGUGAUUUUACAGCAUUUUCUCUUAUAUCACUCCUUGUGAUUUACAUCAUGUGAUGUCAUCCAUACAUAUUUAAUUAUGCAAAUUAGUAAGGCCGGUAUGUUUUUCCAAGAAAGGUGGCAACUCUAACUACUUUUCACAUACUCUUACUUAAGUAUGGAAACUUAAGUGGGAUGUAUGGGAACAAAACUUGUGUGGACUGGCUGACAAUGAAUAUAGUUAAAGGGACACUAUAGUCACCAGAAAACUACAGCUUAUUGAAUUUGUUCUGGUGAGUAGAAUCAUUACCGUCAGGCUUUUUGCUGUAAACACUGUCUUUUCAGAGAAAAUGCAGUCUUUACAUUACAUCCUAGUGAUAACUUCACUGGCCACUCCUUAGAUGACUGUUAGAGAUCCUUCCUGGGUCAUGGCUGCCUAAAAUGCAUCCAAACAUUCAGUGUCUCCUCCCUCUGCAUGCAGACACUGAACUUUCCUCAUAGAGAUUCAUUAAUGAAAUUCAUCUAUAUAAGGAGAUGCUGAUUGGCCAGGGCUGUGUUUGAAUCAUACUGGCUCUGACCCUGAUCUGCCUCUUUGUCAGUCUCAGCCAAUCCUAUGGGGAAGCACUGUGAUUGGAUCAGGCCACCACUUCUAAUGAUGUCAGCAGACUGCUUGUUUUUAUGAGUCUAACAGCAUGCAGAGUUACAGCUUCAGGCUUGAAUAUAGAUUUUGCUAUAUUUAUGGAGGCAUGAGGGGUCCAGGGGGGGCUAGAUGGUGGUGUUAAUACUAUAGGGUCAUGAAUUCAUGUUUGUGUUCCUGACCCUAUAGUGAUCCUUUAAGGUAAUGCUGACUUUGGUCUCUCUAACACUGUGGCAUGUUCCCUUUCUUCUACACUCACUACAUUUGGCUUUACUCUGUCCCAGACCAUAUACCAGGAUCUUCUGCCUGCUAGUAAGAAGGUAAGGAGACAAGUGGACCAGCGAGUGCUAGGGGACAGUCCUUAGAAAGCGUUGAGUGAGCGCAUCAUUAGAUGCAUUUAUGCCAAGCUCAGGGUGUUGUCUGCAUAGUAUGCCCUUAGUUGGCCAGCUGCAUGAUUGGCAGGCAGCCUGACAUGCAUUCAUGUCAGGCUGGCCUUCUAAUUCUUUGAGCAGAAAUGUCCUCUUUUUGGGCAUGUUUGCCCGUUUUGGCAGGUUACGUGAUUUGUGUCAGUGGCAAACCCUUUUAUCGUGCCCAUUGACUUCCUGCUUGAUUGGACGUUGCUGUUAGGGGUUAUGGAUUUACUUGAAAGUUGAAAACAUAAAUUAGAGAGAGAUUAGCCUAGGGUAUGUGUUUUCUUAUAGCUGCUGUUUUCUUUCUCUCCAGCACCAUCUCCAUCAGAUACAUGAUGCUUAUGAGUGUUUUACUGUUUUUGGUCGAUAUGAUUCUGUAAUCAGGCCCGUCAGAAUUGUCAGCACCAGGCCCACUGGGCUCUUAAUCUGGCCCUGCAUAUUACAGUGAGAACUCCUCAGCGGGUAUGAGAGAGUUGAUGCUGGGAAUGGAGGAAGAAAUGAGGUGCAGUGAGGUUAAUAAACAAACGUUUUUUAUUGGAGUAUUUGUAUAAGAUGAGCAAGAGCUGAACAUGAUACGAGCCUUGAUUGUGGACAGAAGGUGGUCCACCAUAAGCGAGUCAUAGGAUGCAGAUAAUAGGAUUUAGGGCAUUCAAGUAUACCUGUGGGGAUGGCAAUAAGGCACGUGUGAAAACCCCUGUGAGAAACCGGUCAUCAGAAAAACUACCAAAUGCCUAACUGGGUGUGAAUACAGAUAGAAAUCCAGGAUGUCAAUGUAAACCCUGGUUACUCAUGUCUUAGUGACAGUCGAGCCAGGCACAUGGUCUUGGUGUGAGCUCUGAAGCAAAUGGAGCAGAUGUGCAACAACCCGCAUGCACUGUAACUGCAUGCCCCCGCAUUAAAGUUAUUGCACACCUGCGCCUUGCCCAGGAAUGAAAUGGGUCUGCCCAGCUUGUCUCUCUGCCUGCCUUCCUGGCUUGUGUGUGGGGUGAAGGAGUGGUGAGAAGUGGAGGUGGAAGUGGAAGGGUCUGCAUCGCAAGGGCACAAGUCGGUGUAGUAAGAAGUGGAACUACAGGAGGCACAGGACAGGGGCCUCAAACCGGCAAAGUGACGGCAAAACAGUUCUGGCACCAGUCGAUUUUUAUGUUGAACUGUGCCAGAUGAGUAGCUGCCUCGGCCGACACUGAUUUGUUAUAGUCAUAAAAUGAGGACCCUCCGUACUUGAUGCCUAAGUCAACCACCUUGUGCAUGUAUAAAUCAAGCUCUUCCGUCCUAUGUGGGUACACCGUGCAGAUAACAACACGAUAAAUGCCAAAGGCGAUGACAAACUGGGGAAUGGAAAGUUUCUUAUUAAGUUGUGGAUCUCUGGCUUUUAAGACUACUGAUAUGUCACCGUAAUUACAAGCUCUGUUCUCUAGGAUGUCUUGGAAGGCUAUGAGUAGAGACACUAGAUUAACAUCCUUUCCAUCAAGAAUUUCCUUCUUUAUGGAAGCUGGAACAGAGUGGGCCGGUGAGACGUAUAGGGCAGUGAUAGUGGCUGGUGGGGGAGGGAAAUGAGGGGUAUGCCAGUCUGUACAGCAGAGACCACCAAGGGAGGGCCUGUCAAGUCACCUGGUGUGGCUAUGGCCGAUUCCACUUUCAGCAGCCUGUUGUUGAUCGUUUGGAGGUUGUCCAAAAUAGCAGCCAGGGUCUUCUGAGUGGGAUCUGAGUUGUUAACUGGUGGCCCUUGUGAACUAGUGCCAUUCCUCGGGUCAUUGGCCUGUGCCGUCAGGAGCCUGUAUAGUUCUGCCUUUCUAGCCUUGGCUGGAAAGGGGAUACCCCUGAGUCUGAGCUCUGCUGAAAUUUUAGGAAUGGUCCAAUAUCUCAGGGAUCUGGUGGUAGAAAGGGUGAGGGAUUCCUCUGGAGACCCAGGCCUGACUGCCGUGCUGGGUAUUUCGUCCAACGGCAGAUCGAUGAUUGGGAUAGAUUCUUGUGACAUUCUGAAACAGGAAUAAUGAAUUUGGAUAAGUAGGGUAUCAUGGAGGUAGGGAUGAGACCUUCGGAGAACUGGCCUGCUAACUAGUGGCGAUGUGAAGAAUUUACCUAGAAUCAAGUGACAGGUGGCGGUGAGAGCCUCUACCUAUGGUUUGGGCCGAGGUAAUUCGUGGCCACUUGAACGUGGUGGCAGGAUGUUGGCCUCUCGGUGACCGUAAGAGAUUCAAAAUGUGUGGCCGUGACAUGGGAAGCCCUAAAGAAGGGCGAACGAGGUGGCUAACUAGGAUUUGGUCGUGGGGCUGAACCUCCGUGUUGAGGUGGGGAGUAGACCUCACGGGACCAGUGUAUUUACUUAGGAUAGCUAAGGCCAGUGCCUAACCUAAAUGCCUGAUGGGGCUUGUCUCUUUGAAUGGUGUACUUGACCGUAUGUAGAUACUAACCUUGAGUAUUUGUCCUAUUCCUUUGGACAAGGCACAGGAAGACUUCAAUAUAUCUUCUUGCUUCUUAAGGGAACAGGUCCGGUCAAGGUAUCCUAAGGGUAAGAUAGACGCUAGUGGGCCUGAGGCGUGCCACUGGUAUGCCUGGUGUAAAAAUGUUGAACGUAUGGAUAGGUGUGUAUCAAUGACACUGUAACGUAAGAACCUGUGUAAGCUGAGGGACCUGAACGUUGGUCCGAAAUUAGAGACAAGCCCCUGGGUUCCCACAAUUGUGAAAUUUAAAUGAUACGAAGGCGAAGUGAGGCCUUAGUGAGUAAGAUUAACAAUACCUGGUACUGAAAUGCAGGAUACCAGGUAGGCUGUUGGUGGUUGAUGGCGUAGAACUUGGCAAAACUGCGGUAAUGACGCAGGUCUAAGUAAUGAUAUAUAGAAAUGAGAGACAAACAAUGCAUCGUUAAAAUUAGUAGUAGCAAAGUGGUGUAAGGUUUAGGUGAUUGUUGUUGAAAUCGUAGUGAAGAAUCUUAGCCCUGGCCCGUUUAGAACCCACGUUGGGGGGGUGGGGAGGCUGAAUGAGGCUGUGGAGGCUGAAUGAGGCCUCAAGGGGAAGACAAAGCAACUGGUAAAUCUUCUUACCUGAUACAGUAAUACAGGAUACUGGGAUACCACUUCCUGGAGACUGUUUGAAGGAAAUGUAGUAGAGCCUAAAAACAUACGAAUCCUAAGUAUAAGGAACCAGUAUAUAAGGUUUUAGGAAAAAAUUGAUUUUUGCAAUCGUGCUUAUGGUCUGUAAUGAGCCUGGUGAAAAGGAACCGUUAGAGCUUAACCUAUGACAUGUAUGUAUAUAUGUAUAUAAUAUGUGUGUGUAUAUAUGUUGAAAGUCCAUUUGGCCUGAAUUUGUGGGAGGAGUUAUGACCCUUUAUAAACCCUACCCCCCUACUUUCCUUUGCCGUUCAAGCUGUUUUGACCCCGCCCACCUACACCCUCCUUUACACAUUUCUCUUUGUGGGCCCUCUUUUUACAGGCCUACUCGUAUGUUGGUUUCGGGACAACCUCAACCAACUUUGCUCCUCCUCUACAUUCCAUUAACAUAAUAGAGAUUCCGAGCACAAAUAUAUAUAUAUAUAUAUGUAUAUAAUGCGUUUGUAUAUCUAUAUAAUGUAUGUGUAUGUAUAUAAUGCGUGUGUAUGUGUGUGUAUAUAUAUAUAGUGUGUGUGUGUGUGUAUAUCUAUAUAAUGUAAGUGUAUGUAUAUAAUGUGUGUGUGUGUGUGUGUGUGUAUAUAUAUAUAUAAUGCGUGUCUGUAUGUGUGUGUAUAUAUAUGUAUAUAAUGUGUGUGUGUGUGUGUGUGUGUGUGUGUGUGUGUGUGUAUAUAUAUAUAGGUGAACGCUUGGCACUCACCUCCAAAAAAAUAUACAUUUUUAACUCACAUGCCUGGGUGCAAAUUGUUGGCGUCAAAUAUAUAAACAAAAAUAAAAAUCAAAAUGCACUCACAGGUCUUCUGGUUAAUAGGAAAACUGGUGCUUUAAUAAAUCAUCAGUGAUGUACAAAAAAAUCAAUCGACGUUUCGACCCUGCCGGGUCUUUUUCAAGAUCUUGAAAAAGACCCGGCAGGGUCGAAACGUCGAUUGAUUUUUUUUGUACAUCACUGAUGAUUUAUUAAAGCACCAGUUUUCCUAUUAACCAGAAGACCUGUGAGUGCAUUUUGAUUUUUAUUUAUAUAUAUAUAUAUUGCGUGUGUGUGUAUGUUAAUAGCCAACUCUCUGUUUACCCUUUGCCUCUGCCAUCUUUAGUCUUCUUUGGUCAGAAGCUUCAUGUAUUUUUUUAAGAUGCCAGGAUUUCGGAAUCGGUACCAGCAAAGUUUUAUUCUGUUCUGGUCAGAAAGGCUUUACCCCUUCACUUUGCAGGAAAACCCCCCUAGAAUCCGAGUAUUUUGUGUGUCCUGGAAAUUAAUGUGUAAAUGUAUUUUUCGUUUCAGUAUGCCUAGAUAGCACAUUAAUUAAUAAAAACCAAAAACAAAGAUUUUGUCUAGACAGAAAAACUUUAAAAAAAUAAUUUGCCAAUUAAUGAGUUAACAGGAAAGCAGAGUGGUAAAUAAAUAAUAUUUCUCAGUAUGUAACAAAGACUUUAUUCCUCACAAAUGCUAUAAUCCUCUCACUAUACAUUGUCUAACUGCACUCAGGUCUUAGUUGUGUGUGUGUAUGUAUAAAUAUCCCUAUGUAUAUUGUAAAUAUUGCCACAUUACCAUGACAUUACCCAUAUCAUAUCACCCUCAUAUUGCAGCCAUGUUGCCACUUUGGAUUCACACAUAGCUAUGCAUGCAUAUAUAAUCUUUGAUACAUGCACAUAUAUACCCUCGAUACAGACAUGAACGUACAUACACAAACACAUGAUGUACAGAGACACACUGACAGAUACAGUCACAGUCACAGUGUGUAUUUGUACCUGUGUGUGCAUGUCUUGCAUUGUGUAGUGUGUAUGUGCAUGGUAGUGAGUAUCCUUGUGCAUCUGUAUCUGUAUCCAUGACUGUUCCUGCAAUGCAUAUCUGUGUCUGGGAGCACAUGUAUCUCUGUGUGUGGAGGGAGCUGCUUGCAGUGUGUUAUAUGUAUAAGGGGAGGCUUCCUGUAAUCUUGCUGUGUGCGUUGUGUUUACAAUGGUGCUGUGUGUGUUUGAGUAUGAAGGUUACUUUCUGUGGGGUUGUGCCUGUGGCAGGGUGGUUGUGACAGAGUGACUUUGGCAAUGUUACUGUGCGUGAGGGGUUAGUGUAGGGGUGACUGUGACAUGGUGACUGUGAGUAGUUAUUGUGAGGGGGUCAUAUGACAGAGUGAGUGUGUGUUGGAGGAUGAUAUUACAAGGUGUGUGGUGGAGGUGGUGACUAUGGCAGGGUGACUGAGUUUGUGUGUGAGAAGGGGUCAUAUGACAGGGUAAAUGUGCAUGUGAGGGACUGGGCUUAUGUUUACAGGGCGAGUGUGUGGGUGAUUGUAACAAGGUUACUGUGUGUGGGGGGGGUGAUGUGACAGGGUGAGUGUGUGCGGGGAAGGAGGUGAUAUAACAGGUGAGUGUGUGGGAGAUGGGCUGAUGUUACAGGGAGAGUGUGUGGGGGAGGGGCUGAAUGACAGGGUGAGUGUGUGCGGGGAAGGAGGUGAUGUGUCAGGUGAGUGUGUUGGAGGGAGUGAUGUGACAGGGUGAGUGUGUGGGUGGAGGGGCUGAAUGACAGGGUGAGUGUGUGCGGGGAAUGAGGUGAUGUUACAGGGAGAGUGUGUGGGGGGAAGGGGUGAUGUGACAGGUGAGUGUGUGGGAGGGAGUGAUGUGACAGGGUGAGUGUGUGGGGGGAGGGGCUGAAUGACAAGGUGAGGGUGUGCAGGGGGGGUGAUUGUAUGUGGGGAGGCUGUAAUUUCCUGUUCAGCCUCCCCACAUAUAGCUUACUUUUUUGCAGUGAGGUGGUCCAGCAGUUAUCCUGGUGAGCUGUCUGUGGAGCAGACACCUCGGAAGGUCCCCUUCUGGUCUCUGACCGGGUAGGAGCACUUCCAGAGGGCAGCCUGUACAGUGAGCAGCAUUGCGCUGUGCGAUCUCUAAAUCUCCCUGCCGGGAAUUUCAUUUGCAAUGGUUGUAAUCAUAUAUACACCAGGGUCGCAUAAAAGGGCUUAAAGAUGGUUGUCUGCACAGAAAAUGGGCGCACAUUAUAUCCAGUGAUCAGAGGUAUAUACAAAAUAAUACACACAGAGGCUUUAUAACACGUAAUCGUUUAAUAAUAAAACGUUUACGUUGCUAGCUCAGUUUAUUGUAUCUUGAAACAUUCCAUUUAAACCCUUUCUUAAAUCACACUGGAGUUUCUUCACUAAGCAACUCAUUUUACCAUUUUUAAAUAAUGAGUUAUGGCUGCGCCGCCUUACAGUCACCGGAACCCAUUCAGCACAAGCUGUUAAAAAAGAAAAUAGGGAGGAGGGGGUCGAGGCCUGAUAGCCAAGAUGGCCAGAUGUGUCUUGUGAGAGCUCUGGUGCUGAUGAGCAAAUUUUCAGCACUUACUGCCUAAAAGCGUAAUAUUUCCAGGCUUGUAAGACGGUGGUCUGCUCCCGAAACAAGUGGGAGCUUGCAGAUCUACAAAAGUCUGUUGAGCGAUACGAAUAUCAGAGCAUGAAGCCUGGUGUAGCUUGCGGCCUAGUGUCCGGGGGAGACGCUCCCCUGACAUGGGGCCUGAUCUAAACAGCAGCUCACCUAAAGCCCUGCAUCCCCCCUGUGGAUCGGUGGGGGAUAUCCCGGUCCACGCUGGGGAAACAUACUUACCUACAGCAGAGAUCUCCCCUCGCAAGCCACAGACCGCAUGGCGACUAAGAUGGCGUCCAUGCCACAGACUCCACAGCACCAAGAGGGCUCAGAGAUUUAGCGGUGGAAGGAUCGCUACAACGCACAAUUUGACCGGAUCUUCCAGGCAUUUUGGAGGCGUAUACACAGCAGACCCCCCAUUCAAUCUCCACCUGCAGAGGUGGUGGGUAUGCCUGCACCCUCUUCCAGCUCUGGACAGGGACCCCAUCCGAAGAUGUGCUCAACUCGACACCCACGCUUCUGGGCAAAGAUCCAGGAUGGGCGACUUACCUCCAAAUUAUGUGGCUUCCAGGGAUAUUCUGCAAGCAGUCAUCGCCUGCUCACCACUCUCGGCAUCCGCUCAGGGUGACACAGAACAAAAGAGAAGGCGUGACCUCCUGACACGGCACAAUAGCAUACUCUGGAUCCUUACCAUUUCUUGGAAUUGGCUAAGAAGCAGGCAAAUUGUACAUAGUGCCAUGUCGUCUGGUUAUAGAAUCCCCUCUGCUUCCUGCCUUAUGCAAUUACAUCUUUUUUGUACACUUUAUAGAGAGCUACACAGGACUAUCAUACCUACCCAACGGUAACUAGUUGCAGUUAUUUCUCAUAGCUCUGCUCUAAGAUUCUUACAGUCAGUUUUCUUAUUUUUACCUAGCGUAGCAUGUUGCCAGGCUACUAGUUGGAAACAUGCGGUUGAUCUUUUUUUUAUUAACCGCAUGUGAUGUCAGUUACUACGACAGGUGUGCUCAGCUCGGGUGCUAUGACAGGUGUGCUCAGCUCAGGUACUACGACAGGUGUAAGCAGCUCAGUAUAUUACUGCUGUGUCCUAGCCUGACCUUGGCCCCAUCUUUGACUAAAAUAUGAUUCCAAUCUGUGAGCCAAGCUAAUGUUUCCCUUUGUUAUGUAUGAUCUCUCUUACUCACACACGCAUGGUCUAGUAGCUGACAUGUUCGUUUAUCCGAUGAUUAUCCUACAAUAUUUAUUAAAAUGUGCAAUGUUAUUAGAGUCCAUACAAGUAUCCCUAACUGUUGAUUACUCAGCUGGCAAUAGCUGUUGUGGCAUUGCUUGUCUCUUUGUAUUUUACAUGCACGACAAAAUAAAGAAUUUUUAAAAUAAAUAAAUAAAAAUAAAAAAAUAGAAGAGUACAAAUACCCUGUCUGAAAAAUGAAAAACGACAGAAAUAUCCAUUAAUUUAUUAAACACGAGUAGCCCUGUAGAUCACAUUUCCACUUUAAAAAAAGGAGAUCCAUUGAAUAUUCACAUUUUGAUGAUAUCUUUGUGAUUUCUUUUUAGGGAGCACCAAUUCUGGGGGACGGGUGUGAGAUUUCAGUUUGGGGCUCACAUUAGAUGCCUGAAGCUCAGGACCGAACAACGCAUGCUGAGGAGUGGGGAUUCCAAGGAAGAGGUUUAAUUCAUGUUUGCUGCUGUCCACAAACUCUGUCCGUGACCCAACCACUGCUACAUGCUCAGCCGUUUUGUAUGCAUUGCGUGUGACUGCCAGUUUGUUCAGGGCAUUCUUACAUUUUUAUUUUAUUUUUGGAAAUUGUCUGGGAGUGCACACCUGUUUUUUUGGUUUGUGCUCCAGAAAGCAUGGGACCUGUGUAUCUGUAGAACGAGUUACGUGUGUGUGCGUGCACAUAUCUAUAUAUGCCUACACAAUGCUGUAUGUGGAUGCGGGUGAAUGUGGUUUGUAUGUGUCUCACGUAUCUUCUUUCAGACAGAGUCCUUUGCAGGGAAACAAAGUUUUUCUUUGGAUUUUAUUGGUGUCUGUGCAGCUAAUAGACUGUCUGCAAAUCGUCAUUAUUAUGGUUCUCCUCCAGUUUGGUCUAUGUCUGGAUGCCGUUCGGCCUGGAACCCCCUCGGUGUCACUGAAUCUGCUUUGUGACUGUGACACUGUGACGGUGUGUCCAUAACCGACAGUUCAUGGGCUUGGCUUCAAAAAUGUGUCUAACCUCCUGUGCGCUUGUCGUUAACUCUUAUACCCGGAGCGAGUGACACACGUAGUUUGGAAAAUUCUGGUCGAACAAACCUUUCUACUGUCAUUAACUUUGAAAAGCACUGAUAUAUCCAUAUAUUGUAAUGACUGGAGUUAAUGUUGAAUCUGAACGGAUUUAUGCUGUAAUAACCCUAUUUAUUCCAUCUUCUGACUACUAGUCCUCACUCUGUAUAUAACCGAUAGACCACCUUCUCCUGUCUUAUCACGCUCAGUUGAAGUGAAAACUAAGGACUAGUGGCUUGGUAUAUCGCAGCCACGUGCUGUAUCGCUCCAUGUACAGUGUAGCUCUGGACGCCGCUAUUCAUGGUCCAUUUACCUGUGCUCACGUUUUAAAACUGACUGCGCCUUCGGGGCCAUUUAAUAUAUGUAUCAGGAUCUUGCAUUCUCCAUAGUACAUAAUGGCAUAUUGCAAUGUAUGUCUAUAUAGGUUACAUAGAUGGAUGUGUGAGAAUAUUUAUUUUUUUGUAAACAGAUUAUAAAAGAACGAUUUAUCUUUCCAAGUCCUGGGGUUUGUGGGUGUUCAGAGCUGCGGAGAAGCAGUAUGACCCAGUGUAUAUACUGUAAUCGAAGGCGUAAAGCUAACUGUACAAAGGAUUUAUUUUUACAAUGACCUUCAUAUCACCAGGACUGUUUUACACAUCUACAAACAUAGUUAUCUUUGCAUUGCACCAACAUCACUCUAUCUCUUUAAACAUCUCACAAACUAUCAUAGUAAAGGUGCGGUUCGUGCUGUGGUGUUGUCCUUGUCACACCGGAAUUUCAUCAACGUAAACAUUUCUCCAAGACAGAUCUUCUUCUCACAUUAACGCGUAGCCUUUGACAUGAUUGCCAGCGAUUGCACUUUAUCACCAAACCUCCACACAGAAUACCCAGGGAUCAACUUAAUUUCUGCUCUCCUUUCCAUUUAUGUUCCAUAAGUCUGGACGAUCCAUCUUCAACAGGGAUGGCCAAAACGUAGGUCCCCAGCUUUUACAAUUGCAACAUCUAUGAUAUUGUGGCAGCCUUGAAGCUGGUAAAGCAUUGCGGCGGUUGCAGUUGUAAAGCAGAUGUCUAUCUCAUAGGAUAGUUCUCCUCUGUCUAACACCUGCUAAAUUGCUUGUGCAUGUUGGUAAUCUUGCCCACCGUGGCUGCUGUAACAUUAAUGUGCUCUCACUAUUACAGUUUUUUGCAGUACAUUUAAAGUAUUGCAGCGUGAGAGAUUGUCUAUGGUCCAUUGAAUGUUUCGACAGAAUGGGAACUUAACAUCUCAAUACAUUAUAGGUGGCUAUCAUUUGAUUGACAACCUGUCCAGCCCCUGUCUUACUUUGGCAAGAGGUGUCACAUCUAUGUCACCACUACAAAGCCUAGAUAUAUAGUCUAUAUAUAUGAUUGGUGGUAAUAUCCCUCGAUAUUUAACUUCUGCUAUAAACAAAUCUUGGAGGAUAAAUCCAAUAAAUAUAUAAAACCAAAACUAUGGAGUGUAUUCAGGAAUUUAUUUUUCCUACGUCGGUCUCGGCCCAGAAGCCUUGCCUCCUGUAAUAAAUGUUAGUUGCGUUAUUCAGGAGGGCAAUGCUUGGCACACAAAGCCAUUUUGUUGAGCAACUUUAUGUUGACUCAUUCCUAAAUAGGAUUAAACACAUUUCUGUAUAGGAUGGAGGUCCUGCCAUGAAGGAGCUUGCAGUGGAUCACACUACAAUUAUAAAAUAAUAAUAAUUGUAUGUGCUCUUAAAGCAGAUCUGUCAUGUUUCAAUAUUUUAUAAGGAUAUAUUCUUUAUGAAAUACUCAUUGAUUGUGUUGGAAUUUCAGUAAAAUUUCAACUCAAUCCAAAUAUGUCUGAACAUAAAGUAGGGACUACUUUGUCUUAUGGAAAAGUCUGAGUUUGACAAAAGGCGGAGCCCUGAAGUCAAUUUUGAAGAGACUAGCAAGACGAAGAUGGCGGCGGUCGUGGGGGACAGUUUGAGGUAAGUAAAACUUACAUUCUCCUGCACCCCACACAGGAUCUGUCACUUUCGGGGUCUUUGCAAGAUAUGCUAGGACCCCAAAAACUGACACAUGCGGUUAAUGAUUUUAGUUUACUGGGUCCCCAUUUCUCCAUUAAAAAUCGCGAGCCUCCUUGUUGUAGUCAGAUUCCCUCCUGUGACAUUAUCAAUACUGAUUACUUGUAUCCUGUUAGAUGGUUCUCACUAGGACACAUGGCGCAUGCUGCGGUUGAAACCAGUGCUUCUCUAUAAUAAGUAUUAUGAACGAGUAAGGCAGGAAACUCAAGGGGGCCGUCAAGGGGGUGCAACUAACGGCAAUUGAAAAAGUGGAUUUCUCUUGAAAUUGGCAGCUUUAUAGGACUGGAAUGUCCCUUUAGUGGUAGGUUUAAUUAGGUGUGUCCAACUUAAUUAGAUACGAGGGGAUGGCAGAUGAUAUACAUUGAGAUCCCUCCACUCUUAUGAUCGACCCCGUGAGGUUAGGAAAUGCGGUCUGGAUACACAGUAUUCCAAAUAGUCUUUCUCUCAGCAAUAUGCCUUUACUAAAGGUGACGCCGACAUGGAUUGGAUCCUAGGGGAGAGAGAGCUGAUUUCCUGCUAUCCCUUCACUAACUCGGACACUGGUUAAAUAGAAUUUCCUAGUGGGCCGAGUAACUGGAGCAAUCUGCCCAUCACUGCCAGCCACUUCUCACUUGCUUUGCCAGUGAAUACGUGUAAUACCUGGCACCAAAUAACCCAGAGAUUGGAGAGCGUUUGGAAAGCCUUAGUACCUACCUGUCAGACUACUUUUUCUCAACCCCUACAAACCUGUCCUUCCUUCUGUACAUUGACCACUUCCCCCAUCAUAGAUCAGCUGUUACAGUCACUGAGCGGUUUGUUUUAAUACACAAAUUAUUUAUGCAGACAAACCUCUCCUCCAUCAUCCACAUACAGACAUCAUCUCCCAGCUGCUCCGAUACAUAAAUUGAAAUAAACGGCAGGCGGUGAUCACAUCUGAGUGCGAUGUGUAAUGGCGUAGUGGGAAGGGCAAAAGUGUUUACACAUUAAAACAAAGUCAUGCAGGAUUAUUUACUGAAGUGUGAACAGUCUGAAAGUAAAAACAAAAUUACAAUUUUAGGCCGAAAUAUCCGAGGUAGAAAUAAUCUGCAGUCCAGCUGUGUUUUCAUUUUGGCUUUUUUGGCCUGAUAAUCUGUGCUGGUGAUUAAGAUGUGGAUGUUCCCCUGGGAGGCGGAAUGAAACAUUUUCUAUAUGGGCAGCUGUCAUAGCUUAGCUCAAGGUGCCGGGUGCCUUACAAUCUGGGGAGGGGGUUGCUUAUUUGAAGUUAUAUUGUCUUGUUGACACCGAUGGGAGUUGUAGUCCAGCGUGCUUCACACAAGGCGUCACUUGGCAAUAUGAAGACGAGUUUUAAAAUGUUGGGCAAAAUUGAAAAAAAAUAAACAAGUCCCUGCUUUGCACUAGUGAAUUCACUGCUUAUUGAAUUGCCCCCACGGUGUAAUUUGUUGAAGAAUUUGAUGUUACAGUUCAUAGAGGAACAAGUUGGAGCAUGGAUCGUAGCUGGAGAGGCCGCACAUUCCCAGCAUCCUCAGCUUCACUUCGCUCAGUGCACUCUGAACACUGUACACAGUAUGUGCUAUUUUUGUACAAUUCAUCUUGGGUAACUCAAUGAAGAGAAAAUGACAAACGUAUGUUAUUGUUGCCAAAGAGAUGUAAAGCGGCAUUAGGGGUUUAUUGGUUUUAGACUAAUCUUUAUUUUUUUCCCUUGUUUUUAUUUUAAUGUUUAUUUAGAGAAGUAGGGUACAUGUGCAAUGAGCGUUCAAUAAAAUGCAACAGAAUGGUUUUUUUGACAUGUGACUUCCUGGUUUUCUUGUUUGGCUCUGUGGAAUGAGUGGGUAACGCUGCCUCCCUAGACGUUUGCCAAAUUUCCUGUGAUUCUGUGCUAUGGCAAGGCUAGCCGUCACUGCGUUAGGAAACAUACAGACGGCGGAGUAUCUGCUGCCAGCACUGUGGCAGAGGUCAAGGUGCAGGUAGGUAGGUACUGCAGUGACUCCAACACAAUUUAACUUCAGUGUGUGAUGAGAAACAAAUUUGGGUAGUCUUCAUAUCUGCUCCCCAACAAAGAGUUUAAAGGGACACAAAGUACCAUAACCUCAACAGUUUUUGGCAAAGCAUUGAGCAGUUUGGCAAAAACAGGAGCUCUUCUGGCACACGAUGUCCGCCCUCCUACUGCUGCUGGCAUGACAGGGAGAUAGACUUUACGUUCUCUGUACAAAAAAAAUUGUAUUGUAAUGAAUUAUUAACCUGGCACAGCUCAUAUAAAGUUCUGCAUAAUCCUGGGAGAAGAAGAAUGUUGAUGGCUUUGGGUACUGGGAGAGUCUGGCCCACAUCGAACUGCGCAUGAGAUGCAGGACUAGCAGGGGUGUCCUGCAUUACACAAAUGGUGGGGAGUAGGAGGCACCAUUGGAUAGGAUCUCACUUCUAAAAGGGUCCUGGGAACAGCUCUGCAGGUGGAAAUCCUCUUCCAAACAGACACUCAGAGGCAAGUAUUUUUAUUUGUAUUAAAAAAAAAGGUAUUUGACUGAAAUCGCAUUUAACAAAAAAAAAAAGGAGGCAAAAAUGUCAAAGAACACUGCAGGGUGAAUUUAAAUAAUCAUUUAAUACCGCUCCCAGACAAAUGAAAAUGCUGCUUGAUUAGAAUAAUGUUGUAAAUUGUCUUGAUUUACUGAUUAUUUUUUUUAUAAUUUAAAGGAAAACUCCAAGAUCAAGAACUAUAGUUUGCUGUAGUGGUUAUGGUACAAGGUGUGCCCUGGUGUAGUGGUUAUGGUACAAGGUGUGCCCUGGUGUAGUGGUUAUGGUGGUACAUGUCGAUCGCUAGCUUCCCUCUGUUUAGGUCACACUAAACUGAAGCUUAACAGAAACAAGGCGCUCCUGAAAUAAUAGCCCACCCCCAAACAGCACUAUUAUCGAGUGUGGAUCUAAUCUGGGACAGGCUGGUUAACCCAGCAUUUUGUAAUGUGUUAACAUUGUGGAACGGGAUGGUUUCUCAGCAGCAGUUAGUUAGUUUGACAUAAAGCCAGGGGAUGCCAGACAACCUUAUACAUAGCAGAAUAACCGCUACAGCUGAUUGCAGUGGUUAUAGUGCUACAAGUGCCCCAUUAAUAAAACACAACUCACUAUUUACGCCCUGGCUGCAAGUUUGUUACCGCAGGUCCACAUCCCUGGGGGGGGUAGCAGGUAUCCCUCUCUUUAAAGGACCACUAUAGUGCCAGGAAACCAAACUCGUUUUCCUGGCACUAUAGGGUCUUUGUAUGCCCCCCCCCUCCGGGUCCCACUCCUGCCGGGCUCUAGGGGGCUGAAAGGGUUAAUCACUUACCUUUCUCCAGCGCUGGGCUCCCUCUGCGCUGGGGAACUCUCCUCCCUCUUUUGACAGCAACGCAGAAUGCGCAUGCGCAGAAAGAGCUGCGUGCGCAUUCAAUCAGUCCAUAGGAAAACAUUUCUUUCCUAUGGACGUCAGCGUCUUCUCACUGUGAUUUUCACAGUGAGAAUCGCGGAAGCGCCUCUAGCGGCUGUCAGUGAGGCAGCCACUAGAGGCUAGAUUUACACCAGUGUAAACAUAGCAGUUUCUCUGAAACUGUUAUGUUUACAGCUGCAGGGUUAACCCUAGAUGGACCUGGCACCCAGACCACUUCAUUGAGCUGAAGUGGUCUGGGUGCCUAUAGUGGUCUUUUAAUCUGAAUAUCACCAAGCUGCUUUAACAGAACACGUAAUGACAGUAAACACACACAGGUUUUAGCAAAGAGAGUUGGAACAUUUGGCUACCCUGCCCUAACCAUUGGAUGUUUUAUUUAGUAAGAUAAUGUGCCACCAUGGCCUAAACCUUUUAAUUCCUGGCCCAUCUAAGUGCCUAUCGCUUCCAGUGAUUAUAGACCUCUGAGAUCUGUUAAUGUAAUCUAGCUCAUUCUUUAUUGUUCUACAAGGUGUUUAUUUUAUAAAUCUCCGCACACACACAUUUUAUAUAAAUAUACAUACACAUAUUUUCUUUUUAAAGCUUAUGCAUUUACAGUUAAAGAUCAUUCUAAUAUUAAACUCCGAGCUGCACGUGCAUUGCAGACCCUCUUUGGCAUGUGUUUCCAUCAAACAAGUGCAGCUUACUAUAAAAAUGAGAUUCUAUAAACCAAGCUUUAUUACAAAUAUAUGAUUGGAUAGAAUAAAUUUAAAUGUUAUAUAAUGGUGGAGAGGCCAGCCCCUCCAAGCUCUACCCUCACUCACCAACUAAGAGCAUGCGGACAUCGAGCAAUCUCGCUUGGAAUUGGACCUAAUCUCUUGCUAGGGUAGCGGUGACCCCCAAAGUAUUAAUGUGCAAAUGGCAUGCUGCAUUAUGGUUUGUCAAGGCCUGAGGGUAAAAGCUGGAACAUCCCUCAAUGCUAAGAAAGCACAUCCCAAACUAUAGAAUUUGAAUCCAUUAAAUAAAGUCUAUAUAUUAUAUAAGUAGGUCUGGACCUAUGCGUGUCUCAUAAAAGACACUUCAAUUAUUU